GUUGGCGUGGUAAGAAGAUGCUGGGAUCUGACCGUGGAGUAGUGGAAGAAUGGCUCUCGGAAUACAAGGUGAUUAUUAACAGUUAUUUCUGAACCAUGCAGAGGACUGGGAUAUGUUGCAGCGAGUAGGAGGAACUGCAUUGAUUUUGCAAGGCAUAUGUAGGCUUUUUGCCUGUACAGCAUGGAAUUCUUAUUUUCUUGUAACUCUAGAUUAUCAGAUACCUUGAUUUUCAAUUACUAAUCUAUUUUCCAUGCACUAAUCUGGCAUCUCGACUCGACUGACAAUUUUCACAUUCUUGUUAAUAGUGAGAAGCCCUCAAUGAUGUGAUUAUGCUUCUGUGUCAUGAGUCCUCUAAAUUGCCUGUACACUAGUGCAUCAGGAACUGUAAAAAUGACAAUAUGCAACAUUGUACUCUUUGAUGACACAUAAAUCCUUAUGUAGACUAUGACCUUUAUCAUCACAUGCUAGAUAUAUUGAUUUGACUUGCAUGUUUGCACAAUAACAUUUCAGUUAUCUGGACGGAACCAGAAUAUGCUAAACAUGCAUAAAUUGCUACUUGUAUUGUUUUUAAUAUUAAAUUUAUAUCCAGGUUUUAUACACUGAUGCACUGUACGCAUCUAAAAGUAUGAGAGGUUUGGGAGAGGAUCUGACCUGCCUCAAAAAACACCCUGCAAUUUAACAAAGAAAGAAAAACAUAUAUUUAUUGUUAAAGUUUGCAGAAAUAUAUAAAAAAAAUGGUUAACAUGCAUCUCUCUUAUUAUUAUAGACAAGAUAUUAUCUAUACACUGUUCCAGUCAAAUUGCUAGAAAACCUAUAGAUGGAUAGUUAUUUUUUUAUAUAUAUAUAUAUAUAUAUAUAUAUAUAUAUAUAUAUAUAUAUAUAUAUAUAUAUAUAUAUAUAUAUAUAUAUAUAUAUAUAUAUAUAUUAUUUUGACGUUCUUUUGCAUGGUGAUGAAGGUUACAAAGUUAUGGGUCCAGAGGGUUGUGCUGCCAAGUGAUUCUUCCAAUAUUAACUAAUGUGUCCCCAGUUUAACCACCACAUGUAAUUUAUUUUGUUCAUUUACAUAAACAUAUAUGAUUAUAUGCAUUAACUCCCUUAGUUUAUGCAUAUUUAAAUCAGUUGCUGGUGCUAAAUAUUAACCACCCUAAACCAGUGACUGCCUUUAUCUUGUAGUGACAAACCUGUAUUCCCACCGCUGUAGUGUUUUCCUCUGCCGCUUAAUCUGCCUUUCGUCCCGCUACGUCAUAUUGACUCUUCUAAUUUUCAUUAAAUUCUGCGUUCCUUCAAUGAAAUAGGGGUUAACUGUGGGAACCAAGUUUGGCUUGGUUCUCACAGCGGUAGUUUCCCUAGUUGCUGUCAUGUAGACGGCCACAAGAGGCAUAUUUAACUCUGAAAUGUAAGCAUUGCCGUAUCUAUUAAACCCAAUGCUUUGCAUGGCAGUGUGAAAACUAAAAGACUACUGCACUUAGACUACUUAAUUGAGAUGAAGAGGUCUAUGUUCCUUUAGUGGUCCUUUUGGGUUUUUAAUGUAUCACUUAUGUCAUAUCCAACAUACACAUCAUAGCUACCAAGCUGGGUUUGUGUGUUCUACAGUGAAGUAAACCCCACAUUGUUAUUGCUUAUAUUCUGCCGCAUCCUAUUAGUCAGAAGACUUUACCAAGCAAGGCAUCUAAGACACUGACACUGGUCUCAUUGCCAUCACAUCGGCAUCUGCCUCUACAUACCUAUAGAAAAAUCAAUUAAAACAAAGCUCACAAGAGAAAAAACAGUGAAAGCAAUUACAGCACAUGCACUAUAGCUACUGAAAUGAGAUAUAGGAAAACCACUUGUUUGAGGGUUUUCUUUAACUUGCUCUUUGCCCAUGUUUCAACAUUGAUGGUUAUGCCAGUGCCGUCUAUAAUAUGAAAAGGACUCUGGGCAAGCAUUUUCUUGGGCCCCCCGGGCUCUGCCCCUCCCACCACCCCAAUUACACCCAACCCCCAAUUACACUUUUCACCCAAAUACAGUGGGGGAACUAAAGUAGAGAGAUUCAAAACAUACUGACACACAAAUAUAUACUGGCAGACAUACUGACACACAUACACACACACACACAGAUACAUACACUAACAUAUAUAUUGACACACACACAGACCUAUACGAUCAGAAAUACUGACACACACAGACACAUACUGACAAACAUAUUGACUGACACACACACACACACACACAGAUAUACAUACUGACACAGACAUACACUGGCAGACAUACUGACACACACACAUACAGACAGACAUAUUGACACACACUAUGUCUGUGUGUGUGUCAGUAUGUCUGACAUGCAUACAUACAUACUGACACACACACAGACAUACUGACACACACAUACAUACACUAACAGAUAUAUUGACGCACACACAGACAUAUACUAACAGAAAUACUGAAACACACAAACAUACUGACAGUCACUAACAGACAUAUUGACACACACACAGUAUGUCUGUGUGUGUGUGUCAGUAUGUCUGACACACAGACAGACAUACACACAGACAUACUGACACACCCACACAGAUACAUACACUAACAGAUAUAUUGACGCACACACAGACAUAUACUAACAAAUACUGAACAGAAGAAAGGGACUGGGAUGGGAUGACUCAGAGAGUGCUCUCAAGACUCAGUCCCUAUACCCUAUUUGGAAGGAUACUCCACUGUUAUGUGGUGACGAAUUGCCAGUCCUAGAGCAUAAGACUAACCUAUACAAAAUAAUAAAUCUUUAUUAGUCCCUCUUGAGGGUUAAAUAGCUCAUAGUGAGAAAAGGGGCGUAUAUACAGUUUAGGUGAAAAAAUACAUAAAAAAUUAAUUAAAAGAAUUAAAGACCUACAGCUAUUCUGCUAACUGUACAAGUAGCACGCCAUAUCGGCCGGCCGAAUACUUAAAUCGUUACAAUGUUUGUAUAAGCUUCUGCUAGUUACUUUUUUGCAACAGUGUAUAUGUAGCCGAUAUUAUUUAGGUGUGGAUCUAGAGAGUAGAGGGUACCCAUUGCAAUAGAUGACUCCAAAGAUUAUUUCCCACGCUUAAAUGCUAUAGCAGUAAUACACACAUGUAUGUUAAUAAGAGCGGGUAAAAAAGGAGUCUUAAUGCUGUAUCGUUGAGUUGAGGGGGUUAUAAAUCGUCAGGGUAAUAUGGAGAUUAUACCAGAGUAUUUUGGAAGAAGAACGGCAGCGUUCCUCGAACCAAAAGAACGCUCAAGAUGCUAGCCGUAACGAUAAAAGCCCCAAUUAUAACACUCAGUAAAUCCCCCCCCCCAAAAGGUAAAGUAGGUAAUUAUAAGGUAGUCUUAGAACGGACAGCAGUGAAGGAUAGCCGGACCUGAAUAGACAGAGAGAUUGGUCCUCGUGUAUAAACAGAGCUUGUAAGGUAACUGUAAAAUACAGAUUACUAAAUGCUAUUGAUCUAUAGCGUACUCCCUGGUGUAACUAGGUACUGGACUAUCCCUAACUUACUAAAAAGAUUACUGUCCAGAAUGGCAAAGGACCCAUGGGUCCCGGCUGAGAAUCUAAGACCUAAUAAGUAUAAGACCCCCUCAUCCUCUAAAUAGAUUAAAUGCAGAAAGCCGUGGUCUUAGAAAUACAUAAGUAUGUCGGUUAAGUGGCAUCUCGACCGUAGUUUUGGUUCGAGGAACGCUACCGUUCUUCUUCCCAAAUACUCUGGUAUAAUCUCCAUAUUACCUUGACGAUUUAUAACCCCCUCAACUCAACGAUACAGCAUUAAGACUCCUCUUAUUAACAUACACGUGUGUAUUACUGCUAUAGCAUUUAAGCGUGGGAAAUAAUCUUUAGAGUCAUCUAUUGCAAUGGGUACCCUCUACUCUCUAGAUCCACACCUAAAUAAUAUCGGCUACUUAUACACUGUUGCAGCGUUCCUCGAACCAAAAGUAGACAACCCAAGGUAUUGCAAGUGGGGUAUGUCCAGUCUUUCUUAGUAGCCACUUAGUCACAAACACUGGCCAAAUAUUAGUUUUUUGCUUUUUCACACAAAAACAAAUAUGAACGCUAACUUUGGCCAGUGUUUGUGACUAAGUGGCUACUAAAAAAGACUAAACAUACCCCACUUUCAAUACCUUGGGUUGUCUACUUUUUCAAAUGGUAUGCCAUUAUGGGGGUAAUUCUCAUUCCUGGGCUACCACACCGUCUCAAAGAUAACAUUACUAAUCUGGCAAAUUUCAAUUUGAAAAUGGAACGUUCUAUAUUUGACCCUGUAACUUUCCAAAACACCAUAAAACCUGUUAAUGGGGGGUACGGUUGUACUUGUGAGACAUCGCUGAUUACAAAUAUGUGCAUUUCUUUUGCAGUAAAACCUAACAGUAUUAUGACAUUCACAGCUAAAAUGUCAGAUGGAAAUACAAAUGUAAAAAAAAAAUCGUAUUUUCUCACUUUUUAAAAUUUUGUUCUUAAUAAAUUAUGUUCCAUAUAUGAAUAGUUAAUGAUAAAUUAAAGCCCUGUUUCUCCUGAACAAAAUGAUAUAUAAUAAGUGUUGGUGCACUUAAUGUGACAGCUGUGAAUUACGGUUGAACAGACAUAUAGCGCAAAUUCCAGUUUCUGUUUACGUUUUGUUUUGAUCAGAACGUGCACUAUUGACUCCGUCCUGAAUGGGUUAACAUACACGUGUGUAUUACUGCUAUAGCAUUUGAGUGUGGGAAAUAAUCUUUGGAGUCAUCUAUUGCAAUGGGUACCCUCUACUCCCUAGAGCCACACCUAAAUAAAUAUCGGCUACUGAUACACUGUUGCAAAAAAGUUACUAGCAGCAGUUUAUACAAACAUUGUAACGAUUUAAGUAUUCAGCCGAUAUGGUGUGCUACUUGUACAGCUAGCAGAAUAGCUGUAGGUCUUUAUUUCUUAUAAUUAAUUUUUUAUGUAUUUUUUCACCUAAACUGUAUAUACACCCCUUUUCUCACUAUGAGCUAUUUAACCCUCAAGAGGGACUAAUAAAGAUUUAUUAUUUUGUAUAGGUUAGUCUUAUGCUCUAGGACUGGCAAUUUGUCACCACAUAACAGUGGAGCAUCCUUCCCAAUAGGGUAUAAGGACUGAGUCUUGGGAGCACUCUCUGAGUCAUCCCAUCCCAGUCUCUUUCUUCUGUAUUAUUACUUUUGGGUUAUGCCCUAAUACCUUUCAACCUACUCAACUCUAGUGAAGGGUCUCUUUUCCCUUCACUAUUUGUUGUUUUUUUGUUUACAAAUACUGAAACACACACAGACAUACUGACACAGACACUAACAGAAAUAUUGACACACACACACACACACAGACAGACAUACUGACACACACACACACACGCACACACACACUGAUAGACAUAUUGACACACACACACACAGGCAUACUUAAAUACACACACUGACACACAUGCUACAUUUAGCCACCUUCCAGGUUCUUACCUUUUUCUGGGGUCCACUGGCAGGCUGAGGCAGUUGGGAGUUAUCUUCUGGAACUCUCCUCCUCCCGCGCGGCUCUGAUCUCCGGUGGGAGGAAGUGACGUGCGGAACUCACUUCUCCCAGCCGGCUGCCGAAAAGGAACUGGUCCGGUGUCUCUGUUCAAGCGCCACAACGCCGGACCGGGCCCAUGCUGCACAUGCUCACCGGGUGGCCCUAAGUGUAUGGGCCACCUGGGGGGCCUCUCUAGUGUGCGGGACGGUGCAGCUCUGUGCAACCGCACCACCAGGUCCAUGGGGGGCUGCGCAAAUCGCAGGGCCCACUGGGCAGCUACUCUGGGCCCGGGGCAGCUGCCUCGUUUGCCCCGCAUUAAAGACGGCCGUGGGCUAUGCCAUAGGCUGAAGAGAAGAAUCAUAUGUUUUACAUUAAUGAAACACUAAUGCAUUUUCUAUCAAGUCUACUAACACAAUGUGUAGAUGCAAUUGUCCACACAACCAUGUCCAUUAUAGUUGUGUUUCUUACAUAUUAAGUUUAUUCCAUAAAAACGGAUAGAAAUUUUUUUGAUUUUAUUCUCCCCACGUGUUGUUUACAACAGGUAUUACCUGAAACACAACUCCCUGCUUAUGCUGCAACUCUUCAUCGAAAGAAAACCCUUGUGUCUGCGCUGUAUAAAGUCAUCCAAGACCCUAAUAACGAGGUGAGCGCUGAUAACUAUUUUCAUUUUGUCUCCCACAACAAAGUUAUUCUAAAACCUUUGUUUUGUUGGCUAUCUUUCCAAUUUUAAAGUUACGUUCUGGAUAUUUUCAAUCAGACUUAUUUAGCCUACCUUUCACAAGUUAAUUCAUUAAACAGUAAUGCAUCAAAUAGAAUAAAUCCUACUCUUUAAUAUUCUUCAAUUGUUUGCAUUAAAUCCACUUUUUAUUGAUUUUCUUAAGAAGAAAUAUUUUCUAUGUUAAAAAAUUACAAAGACGAAUCUCUUUUUGAGAGAAAGGGACCGAAGUCAAAAACUGUGGGUAUCUACUCUCAAAAAAGAUUACCCACAUGAGAGAUCUGAAACUCAAUGUAGUCGGAAACAAAAAAAAAAAUAGUAUAAUCUUCAUUAAGCACACUGACUACCUCUCCCACUUACACAUGAUACAAGGGUCACCCUCCUGUUUAAACAGGAUUCUACUCACAGUUACGCGCUUCUUAUUUCAUUUCAUUUUCAUAAUACUGGAGCCACGUGUGGCUAUCUCCCAGCCAUGCUAUUGUCUCGACAAGCCACUUACACUGCAUGGCAGCUGACACUCACUUGGUAUGCUAUUGUUUUAUUUAGUUUAAUCUUCCUUUAAUUUUACUAUGUCUGGUAUACAUGUGACCGAACACUACUUGAGACUUCAACGACGUACCCACUAAAUGGUCUACUUGCCUCUCUAUUAUGUAAUCCAUAGACUCGCUGCAUACAGAAACUAGCGUGUGACAGAAUAAUUUGUUCUCACGUCUGUGCAGUAUUAUUGUUUGAAGUUUUAGUUUCUUAAAACAUAAAAAUCCUGUGCGGUUAUCUCACAGCCAUGCUAUUGUCUUGACAUGUUGACUUAACGAUGCUUGUUCGUGCCAUCAUGGCUGAGCAAGCUUAUUUGUUAUAACUUGCACAACAUUAAAAAAAAAAAAAAAAAAAGAGAGGUAUCUAGGAGUAAUACAAGUAGUAGCUAACCUAGAUGGAUACUGUGUCCAAAAGACAUCUGAACCAGGGUGAAAGCAUACCACAUAAAGUCCCUAUUAUCAUGGGGGUCUUACCGGGCAUUGUUCAUCUCUAUCAAUCUGGGUUCGUGAGUGGGAGGAAUACAUCAGACAGCAUUAGAAAGAUUCUCAAUGUUAUCCACUAUGCGGGCCAGCAAAGGUCCCCUUUUGCUUUGAUUGCCCUUGAUGCUGAGAAGGCCUUUGACCCAGUUGGGUGGUCAUACCUGGAACAAGUUUUGGACUCCUUCGGAAUGGGAGGCACAUUUAGAGAUUACACGAUGGCUUUAUAUGGGGACCCACAAGCCAGAGUUUCAGGUUUUAUGUUAUAGUCGGACUGGUUUCCAAUCCGGAACGGGAACCGGCAGGGCUGUCCUUUAGCCUCACUUUUAUGUGUACUUUCAGUUGAACCUCUGGCAACAGCUAUUAGAAUGAACUCAGAUAUCAAAAACGGUAAAUAAACUAGAGAUAAAAACCGCACGCUACGCUGAUGCUGUGCUCCUGACUCUUACGGACCCUGAGGGCUCUUUGCCAAAAUUGUUCUUAUUAGUAGAAGAAUUUGGCAAACCUUCUGGCUUUAAAUUCACUACAAAAACCCCCCACAAAUCUUAACAAUGGGCCUAAAUGGACCCAGAUUGGAUCUCAUUAAGGAAAAAUUCAACUUAGAUUGGGAGGCAUGAAUUACCUAGGUGUUGGGUUAUCUUUAGAUCUUACAUUAGUCAAUAGACUUAGUUUCUCUGCACUGGCUAUGCAAUAUAAGGGAAACCUCAAAAUUUGGAAAGGCACUGAGCUUUCAUGGCUAGGCAGAAUUGAGGUAAUUAACUCCUAUGCAUUAUCUAGACUUCUAUAUUUGUUCAGGAAUAUCCCGCUGAUGGUGGACUCCCAGAUGAUUCGAGGUUUCCAGAGACAAUUCUGAUUAUAGAUGGCAGGAUAGACGUCCCAGAAUAGCCCUCAAAAAUACUAGAGAGGCCAAAGAAGAAGGGUGGGGUGUCCUUUCCAGAUGUUCAAAGACUAUAUCAAAUUAGUACAAUGCAAAAAGAGAAGUCCUGCGCUCACUCCCAUCACUACUGGGCCGGCAGCAAUGACUACAGUACACAUCAGCCCCAAUAUAUAGUAAAAACCAAAGAAAAGAAAAAGUUACCUGCGCUCUCUCCUUAAUCCCUAUGUAUAUUUAGACAAAUGGAGGUCAUUUAGUUGCUCUAAUGGCCAUUGGAGGGAAUGCCCGCCUGCCAACGUCAAGGCAGACCCCCCCUAAGCGGGCCCUAACACUGACCCUUCAGCCUGCUUCCUUGAGCUUCUGGCAAAGCAGGCUGAAGGAUCAGUGUUAGGACCGCUUAGGGGGGGUCUGCCUUGACGUUGGCAGGCGGGCAUUCCCUCCAAUGGCCAUUGGAGCAACUAAAUGACCUCCAUUUGUCUAAAGAUACAUAGGGAUUAAGGAGAGAGCGCAGGUAACUUUUUUUCUUUUCUUUGGUUUUUACUAAAUAAGUACAAUGGUUAAUUUUGCCACCACCGAUUUCUUCUCUCUUAGACCAACCUGGCUUGUCUUAGAGAGAGUUGGAUUAAAUAACAUAGAACCAUUUAAUCUUAUAAACUGUGAUAGCGUGUUUGUUAAAAAUUCAAAUUCAGAUAAUCCGAUUAUCCAAAAUCUGAUCUCUACAGUUAUAAAUUUGAAGAAAAAAUUUGGUACAGAGAAGUUGUCCCUCCAUGCUCCUAUUGAAUGUUUAAAAUAUUAUUUGGAAGACUUAAUUAUCCAAGAAUGGCAUAAUAACGGUUUGAAAGUCCUUUCCUUUCAGAAUUAACAGAUGGAGAGACAAUUUCCCUGUUCACUCUAUUACAGUCUAAAUUUAACCUUCCUCAUAGGGAGAUAUUUAAUUACCUGAGAAUUAAAUCUUUUUUCACUGGUAAAGCCUUGGCUAGGCCAACUCCGAUAGAUAACUUUCUGGCUCGGCACUUAAGUAAUAAAAAAUUCUCUAGGUUCGCCAGAUUUAUCAAUACCCAGCAACAUAAAGAUAAAGCCCCAGCAAUGAUAAAAUGGGAACAAGAACUCAAUUUCGUUAGUGCCUACGAAGAUUGGUUACAGGCCUUUCUUUUUAUAAAAAGAAUCCUACACAGUGUAACCAUACUAGAAGUAUAUUAUAAACAUACUUACCGCUGGUACUUGGUUCCAUCUCGUCUUUCUCGAAUGGGUCCCCACGUAUCUACUGAUUACUGGCACUGUGGCAAAGCUUUUGGGUACAUUUUCUCAUAUUUGGUGGCAGUGUGAGGAGCUGUCCACAACAAAAGAGACUCUCUCUAGAUUGGUAAACUAUACCUCUAACAGGGAAUUAAAACUAACAGCACACAUGUUCCUAUUCCAUAUUGGCUUCCCUCAUGACAAUAAUAGUGCAAAAUCCCUUUUGAUUCUUGUUUUUAUGGCCACAAAAUUAAUAAUUGCCAGAAGCUGGAGGAAAAUAGGCUCCCUGAGUUGGUCCGGAAUAAGCUUGCAGGUUAAUUUCCAGUACAGAAUGGAAAAAGGGUUCCUACCAGACAGAAUGUCCACUGACAAAUACGAAGAGGAGUGGCUACCCUUGCAUUAAUUUAGCACAAUUUAUGGUCACUAGAUAUAACCCUCUGCCACCACCACCCCCCUCUGCCUGUAAUAUGACAGGUGUGUCUGAGGUGUGUUUGUAGGUUACUAGUUGGGAAACAUAGGUCAGAUGCUGUAUGAUAAGGUUCAUGGAUUACAUUCGUUUGUAUAAUCCGAAAGAUGCUUACUAUGCUUUGGAAUUCACUUAUUAUUUUCAUGGACCUAGUUAGUCUGUAAGAAAUGUAAUAUCUACUGCUUUUGGAAUAUUAAUGUUUAUUGUAUGUACAACAGUAUAUAAAAAGGCAACUUGUGAAAAAUAACAAUAUAUAAAAAAAAUAAACAAAGUCCCUAUUAUGAUACCUGUCUUUAAUCCUUAUUAGAUAGGCAUUCCUCUCAUAUCAAGGCAUCUAAGUAAGUCCCUACCAUUGUGGAGAUAGCCAAAAAAUAAUAUUAAACCCCCCACAGCUUCUAUCUUACCCACAAACUAUCUAGCUGCUUCGAGGCAGCUCUAAGAAGUAUAGCCUGUGCUGAGCAUAUUUGUAGACUACCUAGGAGACCCUUGUUAAAAUAAUAGUAAAUUGACUAAUGUUCGCGUCUUACUCAACACACGUUUCGUUGCUAUUCUGUGCCUUUGUAAAGAGUAUCAAAUCAGAAUGAGCUCGCAGGCUGUUAUUAUACCUUGGCUCCAAUGUCGUCACACGGCCAAUCAAAUGCUGAGAUGUCAGAGGGGGUGGAGCCAGGUCAUAGACCUGAAUAUACAGGCACACCCCCAUACUUAAUGAAAACGGCUUCCCUGUCAAAUACAGGUGGGGGGAAAAUGCAUCUGCCUGUUCAUAAAUGAUAUGUACAAUGAAUAUUGUAGCCGGUCUGCAGUCCAAGGCCGUAGAAAUCUUAGUUAAGUAAUGUUUGCUUAAAAAAAGGCAUAACAUGGGAUAAGAUAUUAUUUUAUUCUAUUUGAUCUCUGAGUAGCUGUAACAUUAAGAUCCUAGCAAAUUGCUAUGAACUAUUCAAGAGAUAUUCCUCAAAACUUAUCACAGUAAUAUGCCUUUAAUCACUCUCAAGACGGCCAUUAGAGUAAAAAAAACCAAAAAAGUCUCCAAAGAGAGCUCAAAACAUGUUUAUAGUCCUCCAGAGUUACCAAAUUUUUAGGAUAAUUAGAUGAAUUUGUCACUUGAUGGCCCUUACUUUAAUUCAAUCUGCAAAGAGUAUAUCGGAGUAUAUAUAAAUUGCACUCAGAAAAAGUACUGCCACAUCAUUAUUAACAGUGUCCUGAAGUAUUAAUCAUGAAAUUACCAUUUUAAUUGAGUAAAACAAUUUGUCAAAAUAGUUAGAUAGUUUACAUAGUCAGAUAGUUUAAAGGAAUAUUGAUCAAUAAAAGGGAUACUAAGUGAUUGUAGGAAGGGGGAAAAGGAGAAACCAUUUGGACUUUUUUGAGUCUAUACAUCCAAAAACAUUCCCGUUGCCUUAGGAAUUUGUCAUAGUCGCCUUGCCAACGCCAACUCACAGAAGCGUAAGCCCUUGGGGUCACCUGCAUGGCAUUCUCUGAGAUGUCUUGAAAUGGGAAUGUCCACUGGAUUUUUAGAGGACCUGAUAUGUUCUUUUAUCCGUUGUUUAAAGCGGCGAAAAGGUUUUCCAACGUAUUUGAGAUUAGAUUAGCAGGUAAGUAGAUAUACUAUACCUGCCGUAUUACAGUUAAAGAAGGAUGUGAUCUAAAACACAUUUCUUCUUUUACUAUCUGAUACGCUUUUAGAGUCCCUUCUUAUGAAUUUAAAGGUGACACACCUUUCACACCCGAAGCUGCCGACCAAAGGUUUAGGAAGCCAUGUUGUUAAGGAUGGUUGUUUCUGUUGGAGGUGAUUUGGGGCCAACAUAUCACAGAGGUUUUUCCCCCGGCAUGCUGUUAUGGUCACAUUAGGGGCAAGUACUUCUUUAAGAUGUUCAUCCCUCGUGAGUAUUGGUCAAAAAUGUUGGAGUGAUUUUUUUCAGACUCUACCGUCCCGCAUCAUAUCUGUCUAUAAGCCUAAUGAUCUACCUGGAAUCUUUGGGUACCACUUUUGGUUCAGUCUCUUUUAACAGACCAUUUCGAUCGGCCUCCUAUAGGCACGUUUCAAACAUUUGUUGGGGUACUCUUUUUCCUUAAACUGAUGUUUCAAAUACUUUGCUUUGAUGUUAAACUCCUCAAUAGUGCUGCAAUUGCGUUUUACCCUGAGGUAUUGUCCCACGGGGAUAUCUUGCCUCAGGGAUCGUGGGUGGAAGCUGUCCCAUCUAAGGAGGUUGUUAGAGGCUGAUGGGUUUUUUUUUUUUUGAAGAGAGUAGUGUGAAUAGUAUUCUGGUCUGUAAUUAAUAUUGUUAUAUCUAAAAAAGUUGAGACUAGAGCCCCCAAAUUCACUCUUAAACCUAGAAAUGUCUUUGUUUACUUUAAUUAGUUUUACGAAGUCAUUGAACUCCUUGAGGUUACCCUGCCACAAAAUAAGGAUGUCGUCUAUGUACCGACGCCACAAAAAAAUAGAAGGAAGGUAUUUUAAAAUAACUUCUGAAUGUACAAUACUUUCCUCCCACCAGCCCAGGUGGAGAUUAGCGUAUGAUGGGGCACAAGCUGUCUAUAUCGCAGUACCUCUCACCUGGUGGUAGAACUUGUUUUUGAAUAUAAAAUAAUAGUGUGUAAGGAUGUAAUCGAGGAGCUCUAGAGAGAACUUGGUAUGUGGAAGAUAUUGUUCUCCCCUCUUUUCCAGGUAAGAUCCAAUGUGUUGAAUACCCUUCACGUGCGGCAUGGAAUAGUAGACUGCCUCCACGUCUAGACUGCAAAUGGUGGCAGAUGCUGGCACUUUUAAAUUAGAGAGUAGGGCUAGAACUCGUAUGGUCCUUCAACGAAACGUCUCAAAAUUUGACCGAAGUAAAUGCUCCGGUUUUGCGCUCGGUUAUCCACGCCUGACACCCCGGGGGUAGAGUCAGGCUUUUAUGGACUUUGGGCAAGCAGUAAAAGGUUGCUAUCCUUGGGUGACUAUUAAGAAUAAAUUCAUACUCGUCACCCGACCGCAACCCUUCACUGUGGCCCCUGUCCAAAAUUCCUUUCUAUUUCUGGAGGAAGUCAUUUGUGGGGUCUGAUUUUAAGAUCCUAUAUGUUUCUUCAUCCUCCAGGACCCUCCUAACCAUCUCAACGUAAUUGUUCAAAUUCAGAAUUACAAUAUUGCCUCCCUUAUCCGCUGGUUUUAUAAGUAGGUUAUUAUCAUUUUUAAGGGAAAUGAGAGCUUGCUGUUCUUUUUUGGAUAAAUUGUUCUUUGGAUAAAAUUCCAAAGUCUUCAUGUUUAUUUUUUCAGUUUCCCUUUUCAUUGUUUCCAAAAAUAAAUCUAUGUUACAAUAUUUCCUAGAUAAGGGAGUAAAGCGAGGUUUAAGGUCGGUAUGGUUGGGAGGGUUAGUCCCAUUAUUCUCUUCCCACAAUCCCAUCAGGGUCAUAAGGCAUUCAUAUUCAGUGGUGGACAUCCCAUGAGAUAUUGCCUUCCUUAGAUGCCUUAUUGUGAGAGGAAUGAUUAUCUAAUAAGGCUUAAAGACAGGUAUCAUUAUAGGGACUUUAUGUGGUAUGCUUUCACCCUGGUUUGGAUGUCUUUUGGAUGCAGUAUCUAUCAAGGUUAGCUACUACUUGUAUUACUACCAGAUACCUCUCUUUUUACCUCUAAUUUUUUACCCAUUUAAAAUUGAGGGUUUUUGUGUAUUUUUUCUCUCUUUAUUUCUAGGUAUUGCAACUGGAGCUUUGUUUGAUUAUUGAGGUGGGUGUAGGGAACCAUUAUAUACUCCUACAUUCCGGUUCCUUUUAAUCACAACCAAAGAGUUACUCCAGAUUAAACACUUUUUUAAGAGAGACUGUGUUUAUUAUGAAGGUGGGGGUAAGGAACUAUUUCAUAUUCCUACCCUCCUGCUCCUUAUAAUCACGUCACUAAACAUAUCAGUUCACUGUAUUAUUUAUAUUUUUAUAUAUAUAUAUAUAUAUAUAUAUAUAGUCCUUCUCUAUCUCUACUGAAUUAUUUACCUCUACCCAAUUCUUACCCGUUCUAAUAACCUCUAAUAUCUUAUACAAACGCCUUGCUAUAUCCUCCUGAUCUCCUUAGACCGCUAUAAUCGCGUCUUAAUGGUUACAUUUUAGCCUUCCAUUUGGAAUUCCUUUGUAAUAGUAAACAGCUGUUCCCGUGGAUACUAUUUAUCCUUUGAUUCGGGCAGAUCAGGGAUUAGUAUAUUUAUGCAUGUAUGUUUAGGCUACCUAUUAACAUACAAGACGAAACAGGCUAGGCAGACUUACCCAGGUUUCUCCUUUUUUAACAUCUCUUUUCACUAUCACAUUUUCUAUUACUUGUUUUUUUUUCUUCACUGUGUAAAAUUAUUAAUAAAGAUUAUACCAUUUUUUGUUUUGUUACCGACUACAUUGAGUUGCAUAUCUCUCAUGUGGGUAAUCUUAACUUUUUCUGAGAGUUGAUACCCAUGGUGUUUGACUUGGGUCCCUUUCUCUCAAAAAGAGAUUUGUCUUUCUAAUUUUUCAAUAUUUUGGGUUAACCCCACAUUACCCACCUAGUCCUAUCUUGACUUCAGGGUCAGGUUUAUCCUGUCCCUUUAGUCUUGCAUUUUCUCUUUCUAUUUUAGCAACAUUUUCUACAUCUCUGUUCUUCUUUGAGGUCAUAUCAAAAGAAAUGAAGAUUCUGAAACUGAGUUUAAAAAAGUUACUUUUUUUUUUCAAUCAGAUAAAUUAAAGAGAUCAUCCAGAUAAAAUUAAAGACCAGCUUUCUUCCUAAAAUGAGUAGAUACAAAGAAAAGCAGAACUUUCUCUUUCACAUGGCAAUCUUACUUGGUUUUUGUUUUAAAAUGUAUAGUAAAAUAUAACGUACACACGCAAACAAACAAAGGAAGGUGUGUGACUACUUUGUCUUAUGCGCAGGUCUGACUAUGGUAGAGGAAAAGAACCCUUAAAAAUAAUAUAAAAUAUACAGAGUAAUGUAUAAAAAUAUUAAUAAAAAUAAAUAAAAAUAUUACCACUGAGAUAGUGGUAUGAGUUAUAGUGCUUUUAAAGGUUGUGCUUGUCUUUGAAAUAAAGAUGAGAUGAGCCUUCCUUCUGUCAUGUACUAGAUGAUGGUAGGUCAUAACUAACUCCAUUCUUUAUCGUAUUUUUUAAAAUUUAUUUAUUUUUACACAUCAGGCGAGCAACAUUUUCUUCAGAAAUAAAAAAAAUAAAAAUUGAAAUACGGUCAUUUUAAAAACCUGUUUUAGUAUCCAUUUCAGUGUGUGAUGUUCUAAUACUGAAAAUAAUUUGAAAUGACAGGUGUAUCACAGCUGAUAAGAAUGAUCUAGGUUAUGUGUUCUAAACAGCCAUUCCUCUGAUAACCAGCUGCGGAACAUGCUUUUGGGAAGGUCAUGUAGAUUUUCAUUAGCAGAGACUGAACCAGCUUUGAUAUUUUAUCAAUGAAGCCAGGGAUCAAGCGGCUGAUUAUGUACAGACAGCUCAUUAUGGCGUAAUCUGACUAUUGCAUCUAUAACUCGCAUGGAUUGAAUACAGUGAAAAUAUACAUUGCCUGCGGCUUUGCAUCUACUCUAUCCCAGGCACAAAUAUAUGCUCUGUGUUAGUAUUAUAAAGGCUUCUAUACAAAAACUGAUCUUGCUUUUUAAGGAUUUUUAGCAUGCUAUGUAUCUCAAAAAUUAAUAUUCGGGAGGGUUAUUAUAUAGUACCUAUGGCUGUUUUACUGUUUUGCAACCUUAAUUUUUGUAUUCAGCGAAGUCUCCCAAGUAUAACAGUACCCUCCAUGUACAGGUUUUAUAAUGUUUUUGAAAGUUACAAGGUCAAAUAUAAAGGUCGAAUUAUUUUGCAUUGAAAUUUGCCAGAUUGGUUAUGUUGCCUUUGAGAGCGCAUGAUAGCCCAGGAAUGAGAAUUACCCACAUGAUGGUAUACCAUUUGCAAAAGAAGACAACCCAAGGUAUUGCAAAUGGAGUAUGUUCAGUCUUUUUUAGUAGCCACUUAGUCACAAACACUGGCCAAAGUUAGCGUUCAUAAGUAUUUUGCAUUUUUAACACAAACAAAUAUACAUGCUAACUUUUGCCAGUGUUUGUGACCAAGUGGCUAUUAAACAAAGACUGGACAUACCCCAUAUUGAAUACCCUGGGUUGUCUACUUUAAAAAAAAAAUGUACAUGUGAGGGGUGAUUCAGAGAUUUGACAGACAACAAUGUUACUAUUGAUACAUUUUAAAAAAUAUAUAUAUAUAUAUUUUGAAACGGCAAUGUCCUACUUGUACUUAAAGCCCUAUAACUUGCAAAAAAGCAUGUAAACACUGGGUGUUUUUAAACUCAGGACAACAUUUUAAAAUCUAUUUAGCAGUUUUGUUUUCUUUAGCUUUUGUAGAUUAAUAAAGUAUUUUUCAAGUAAAAUUAAAAAAACAUUUUUUUUUAUUUUUUUUAAAGUAAAUUAUAUGACGUGAUACAAAUAAUGGUAUGUAAAGAAAGCCCUUCUUGUCCUGAAAAAAAUAAUAUACAAUUUGUAUGGGAACAGUAAAUGAAAGAGAGGAAAAUUACAGCUAAACACAAACACCACAAAAGUGUUAAAACAGCUCUGGUCCUUAACGUACAACAUGGCCAAAACAGGUCGGUCCUUAAGGGGUUAAAGAGAUUUUUUUUGUUUUGUUUUUUAUUAUUUCUUACUUUGCUGUAGGAAAUGCCAGUUUUAUCUGUGUAUUAUGGCCAUUCAUCUUCUAAAAGGAGCUUUUUGCGCUGAAUACAUUUGUAAUCUAGCACCGAAUUUAGACGCUUAUAAUUUUUUCUUAUCCAUGUAUGUGUCUUUAGUAAAGCUUGCAGCUCCUUUAAGCUUUUACAUUGUAAUGAUCAUUUAUUUUAACUGAGCAGCAGUGUGUUUGGAAAUCAAUAUCAUAAUUAAUGUUCACCUUUGUGUACCGAAAACAAAGAACAAAACCAAUAAAUCUAUUAUUUGCGCACUCUGUGAACUGCAGCAGUCUAUUAGAACUUUGCAACUCUUAAACAUAUUCCCUCUACCCACACUUGUUGCGCAGAUUAUGAUAGCCUUGCAUUGAAUACAUUUUCUUAUUGCAGCUUCUGGAGCCAAUCUGUCAUCAGCUCUUUGAGCUGUACCGCAGCUCCGAGGUACGACUAAAGAGAUUUACAAUGCAGUUCCUACCAGAGUUUAUUUGCGUUUACCUGCGUCUCACUGCCAGCCGUGACCGACAAAGCAAUGGAUGCAUUGAAGCUCUCCUCUUGGGCAUUUACAACCUGGUAAGAAUUAUUUCACAGCAGCUUAUUCUGUAUGUGAUCUUAGUCAUAAACUUGCUUACAUGGUUUUUCAGGCAUUGAACACUAUAGAGUGAUUUUAAGGUUGCCAUACCCACAAUAGAACUGUGGCUAUUGUUCUUUUUUUAACUGUGUUUCUUCUCUCGGCUGUAAUUUCAUUUUUUCAAUAAUUUUUUAUCAUAUUUCUUUGUGAGCUUUCAAAGUGAAAGACAUUUUCAGGUCAGCUUGUAAAUUAACAUUUAAGCAAAUAACCUUUAAAUUCCCCGCUACUUACACUUCUGGUGUAAUUUAUAACUUUAUUCUGCUCGGAAAGUGCCCAAGGUGAACUGCAAUAUAGACUUGGUUUUCAUCUGUUUUGCCCCUUUGCUUGCAUUUGCUCUUUCUGGUAUUUCUUCUCUUUCAAAAUAUGUUUGGUAAGACCUACUUCACUGAUAUAUUGGCUGAUGUUUACAGCAUGGUGUAACUCAUGGGUAUCUACGACAUCAUAAUCUUGUGGUGCAUUAAACAGCACCAAGGACAGUUACUACCCUAGUGGAUAGAUGUGUGAGUGAUCAUAAUAAUAUAAUUUUCUGAACUCAAACACCUCUUUCAGUUUUACAUUUUACACAGCGCGCAAAGUUUAUUCCUACUACCAAAGAGUAUGAUAUAAACAGAGAUAGAAGCAGAGCUAUUGACAUCCACAAAUAACUGCAAAUGUUCCUGCUUUUCAAGGAGUGUUUUUCCCCGAAGAGCAUUCUCAAGGUGUGUCUGGAAACAGAGCAGGCAAUGAUAUGGUUUUACUGGGAUUCGCAAGGCAAAAGCAUCCAAAAACAGUUCCAUUCACGACCGAACUCCACUGUCUGCGUUCGAGAGACGAAAUGGCCGCCAUUCACUAGAGCACGUGCGUUCGGUUAUACGAAUGGCGACCAUCCAGAGAGAGCACUUGAAUUAAGUGUUUCAUCUGAAGUUAAUGAGCCAGGGGGAUGGUCAGUGAAAUACAAAUACCGAACCAGUGGAUGUGUGGUUUCAGUAAACUUGGUAAAUGCAAUACGGGAGCUUUUUACUGAAGUCUGUUAAGGGUGAGUUUGAUACGCAGUUUGUUACAGUCAACAUCUAUUUUCUGCAGCUUUGCAAAAGCCAAAUGUUGUUAAUUCUGCUUUAGAGCAGAUCUGGACCCUGCCGAGAUUUGCCCAAUUACCAGGGGACAAUGACAGGCUACUCUUCACAUCAAUACUACUACAGCCAAUUGUAGUGGAUAUGAUACUUGUAGUUACCCAUAAAUACAUACGAAAGUAAACAUUGCACGUAACCGCAAAAUAACAAAUGUCAUAAAGAGUCACUUAGCACGACUGCACAAUGACAAAAUAAAGUGUGUACAAUUUUUAGGAAAUAUUGAUAGUGACUAUAGAAUAAAAGUAGUGCUUCUAUUCAAUGUUCUAUAUUUUUCUGUAAUUGCAAAAAAAAUUAAAAAAUUGAAAAGAAUCAAAGUAGUGCAUGGUUGAAAUAAAACAACCCAAACCCAGACUAAACAAAGAGAGAAAUGCUUUUUUUGUGUGCAAAAUUCCUUGUGUUGAGAUUAAGAUGUGGAAAAUUACUAUGGGUAGGAGUUUAAAUACAAUAGCAAUAGGUUUGUCCUACAUCAGCAACCAUUACUAUGUUCUCAUAAUGAAAAUAGGAUGCUUUCAUCAUAACAAUUACAGGAAGCUUUACGUUUUUGCUCUGACCAUAUGUUAAGGAAUAUUUUAUAUGGCUUCCAUGUUUUGAAGAACUUUCCUGUGCAUUUCUCUUUUGAGCAUGUACUACCUUUAACCAGUUCUUACUUAACACAUGCUAACUUUUUUUUUUUUUUUUUUUAAGUGGUUAGUAACGGGAAUUGAGUUUAUCCAAACGUGCAAAAUGGUUUUAUUUCUUCCUAUCGUCACAGGGAUGUUAAAUAAUUUGUGUGCAGGAUUCUGGAAAGGUGACGACAAAUAGUGCAAAAGUGCUUGUAAAGGAAAUGGUUUGAAAUUCAGUAUAUAAAAUUUACAUAUGAGAGGACAGGACCACACGAAGUUUAAAGAUCUGCAGGGAAACCUAGGCAUUUUAUAACCUUUAGCUGUUGGUAACCCUGUACACCCUGCACUUAAAUGAAACCCUACCUUUAAGCCUAACCAAGAGGGAUUUCCUCUGCUAAUGUCACUGCUGACAUCAGCAGAGGGUUUCCUAGCCAACACAGUAGAGAGCAGUUUCUGAACGCCAUCUACUGGAUGAUUGUAGCAUUAAAAGGAGAUGUCCCUCUUAUGCUGCAGCUCUACCAUGCUUUCCCUGCUGCUGCCAAUCAUACUGUGAUUGAUGCUGGGCAUCUGUCACAAACUGGUAUAUCUGGUACUCUUUAUUUAGAUAUACUAAUGAGAUUUGUGAUCCUUGUGCAUUUGUGUUCAUUAUGGAAUAUAUGCUAAAAAUAAAUUCCGCUCCUCUUCAACCAUCACACAUCCUUCCAGUCCUAUAAUAGUUAGACUUGAUUUCUGUAAACAAAACAUUAUCAUGGAUUAGACAAAAUCUUGACUUGUAAAUCAUGGAAUUAGUCCAUUCACUUCACACCUGUGAGUUGAUAAUGACAUGUAAAACAGUAGCUGUAACAAUAUGACGUGAGAGAACUCUUAGCUGAUGAAAGGAUGAUACAUUUAAUGGAAAAAAACAAGAACAAAAUGCAAAGCACAAAAAGUUCCUCUAUACAACCCACCUUAUAGUUUAUACCGUUAAAUCAGCCUAACGAACAUAAUAAAGUAAUUCAACUCAGUCCAUAUCAUCAAGCACCUCAUUAAUUAAGUAGGUGUCCCUCACUCCCAAUAUUGCCCCUAUUGUCCAGUCAGCACUUUCACAGUACUACAUCUACUGGUUUAAGUCUCACAAUUGCUGCACAGGUGGGAGGUUAAUGGAUCAGUACUAAAGGCAUUAUUUUAUAAAUAAGGAAAUUCCCUAAAAUUAGAUCAUCCUGGCUUGGUGGAUGUAAAAUUGCUAAGUAUAAUAUAAACAUAAAAAAUUAUUCCAAUAAAAAUUGCUGAAAAAAAAUUAUAGCAUUCAGAGAAAGAACAAUGCCUUUGGACGCUUAAGUACAUAUGUAUGGAUUCUGUUAAAAUGAAAUUCGCUUUUAUAACUCAGCAAUUGGAAAAUUAAACUACCAAAUAACUGGCACCUACCCUGUUUCAGGGGAAUGAGAUAGAACUUAAAUAAACGUGUUUAUAGAUAAUAUGUCACAGACUUAUGGUUCUAUAAAAUGUGCUUCUAAUAACAUAGUGAUCUCUUCACCUCACAGGAAAUUGCUGACAAAGACGGGAACAAUAAGGUUCUAUCUUUCACCAUACCCUCAUUAUCCAAGCCCUCAAUAUAUCACGAGGUAAGAAGCUUAGCUGAAUGGAUGCAAGUCUAUCUUUGCUGUGAAGAAUUAAUGUCUUUUAUGAUUCGCGCAAUAACAUUUUCUAUACCUAGAUUGGCGUUUUCAACUUAUUAAUGUGAUUUGGCUGGGAAAAUGGAUGCAGACCAUGUUAAAUUGUAAAUAUAUUUCAGGGUCUAGAAAGAGAAAGGGGUGUCUCAAUUAUUCCCAGCCCCAUAUCAUUGUCCGUGGGAGCACUAUGCAUAAUCAUUGUUUGCUGUAAAUCUGUAGGUUAUUCAGGGUAUAGAAAAUGAAAGCAUAUAAAGUAUGUUCAGGGUAUAGAAGAUGUCAGUGGGAGCACUAUGCAUAUUCCAACAGAUCAUCCUGGCUUAGGUUUCAACGUCAUCCCAAGUAGACCGCAAAGUGCUGAGCUGCUUGGUGUCUGGAUUCAUAGCAAGUCGUGCUUAAAUUACCCUGAGCUUGUGUUGAUUAAACAUGGUAAAUCUUUAACUGGGAUAUUUGAUAUUUUAAAGUGAUGCUUGUUUCCCAGUUUUAAUAUCCAGAUGAGAGUACAUUUUACAGUCUCUGCCCAGCAAUAACACUGACUGAAUGCCCUGAAAAGCUUUGUUGCUUAAGUUUUAAAUCCAGGCUUGUAUGCAUUCAACAAUGCAGGAAAAAAUAAGUUAUUUAGUUAGUUAUCUAAUCCAUUCAUUGCUCUCCUGCAUGUUGCAUAGCAUCACACCUUUUGUUAUGUUUUUCUCCUGUGCUUUCUUCCUGACAAACAUUGUUUUGUAUGUUUGUAUUCAGCCCUCAUCAUUAGGAUCUAUGGCGUUGACUGAAGGCGCUCUGAGCCAGCACGAUCUUAUCAGAGUGGUUUACAGUGACCUUCACCCGCAGAGAGAAACAUUCACUGCACAGAACAGGUGGGUAAGACGUUGGCAACCCUUAUUUGCGUAAUGGAAGAUUAAGAUAGGCUCAUUGCCUAAAAAUAACUGCUCUUUAAACCAAAGUGCUUAAAACUCCUCUAAAUGUUGAGUCUACAUCAAUCUGUCUGUCUAAUCAAUAAUACAACAGUUAUAACAGUUUGCAUACCUUGACAGAACCUAGGAGCCCAGGCACUGUUGGUAUCUAAUGUUUGUAGAUCACUUAAUGUGGAUGUUUGGAAAAUCUUUGGGGAAAAAAGUCAAGCUAUACAUGCAGUUGUCCACAACACAAAACAACCAAAUCCAGACUCUCGUAGUGAUAACCCAUGCUGUUUGCUUCUCACGAAUUGCAUUCUACUCCUAAACUUGUAACAAAACAAAAGUACUUUCAGGCACUCAAGGAGCUGUUUUUUUUGUGGCAGCACUAAACAGCAACUCACAGAAACAGAUAUUUCAUACCCAUGCACUACUUUUUAUUAAUCUACAUUUCAAUAAAGUUAGUAGUACUAAAAAGGGUAAAAUAGCAACAAAGUUGCUUGAUGUUUUGUGUGCUAAGCGCACUUACUCAUAAGCUCUUUACCGUCUCAUAAAAAUAUAGUUGGGCUUACAAGUUGUACAAGCAUUUGUCCACUUUACAAUAACCUUAUCCAACCUUUCCUAGAACUGAGAACCUGUGCCGUCUGCCUCCCAUGAUUUACAUUCUACUUUUAAACAGGAUUUACAAAAUAUCUUGCUUACUGAAGCCACAUCACCCAUUCUAUCUUCCUGAUUACAUUUCAGAAUCUGUGCAACUGAAUUCAGUUUUACUAUAAUGCCUUACCUGGUAACACCCAAAUAUGGAGAAGUUAGAUGUGACAGUGAACAGUACAUACACUACCUUCCAGAAGAUCUCAUAUUCUAGCGUAUUUUAAAAGACUUAAUGCCCCUUAAAGUUAGAUGCGGGAGAAGGGUGUGGAGGUCCUUUUGGUCAAGAUGGCUCUCAAUGCCUUAUUUCCCCUCCCUUUUUUCUUUUCUUCACCUUUAGUUCUUUUUAUAUUAUUGAGGGUGCUACCUUUCCCUCUUCCCCAUUUUUGGGGAAAUCAUAAGCUACGGACAUGUAAUUUAUUUAUUAUAAUGUGUACAGGCAUUUCAUUUUUGACUUUGAUAUCAUUCUAUGUGUGGAAGAUUGUUUCCUAUUGACUUAAUCCUGCUUUCUCUUUUGUGACUUCUCUUUGUUAAAUAUCAAUAAACCCUGAAUUAAAGUAUUUUUUUUAAUAAUAAUAUUAUUCUACUGUGUGUCCUGUAUAUACAAUUUUGAUAGUAAAGUAUAAUAUUUAAUGUUCAUUUGAAGUUUGCUUUAGUAUUCCUAAGGUUUUUUUUUUUUAGUUUUUUUUUAUUUUUUUAAUUUUGUGCACUCACAAAAAUAACCUGUAAUAGCACAUCAAAAAUAGCUCUGUCACCUUGAUGGCAACUAAAACAAUCUAAAACUCUUUAAAGUAUGGAGCAGGUAGAGAGAACUAGAGAUCAGUGUAGAGGAAUACUGUUGACUAUAAUCGAAAUGUAUUCAUUUACCGGGCAGUGCAGUUGGAUGAAACUCUAAAAUACAAAAUUCUUAACAUACUUUCUUUGUACUGACAUUGCCCAGUAACUCUUUUCAGUGUAGCAAUGGGAUGUCUUUGGCUACGGUACCGUCUGUAUAACGUUUCCACAUAUCAGCGGGUUUGUGUGACCCAGAAAAAGUGCUAAGGCAAAAGAUUGGAGGAGAGAUCCAUCCCUGUAAAUCUGAUAUACCUAUUUGUUUUAUCAUUUUAUUUCCACUGUCUUCUUUCCCAGUGCCCCAUACCAUAUGAACGCCUUCUCCUACAGAUGCCAUAGCAAAUUGAGUGCACAUAGGAGGAUGAUGUACUCAAUAUCUUGGAUGUAAGAACAUCUGCCUUUGUUCCGAUAAUAACCAAAUGAAGUUCGCAGCAAUGACCUGUUUUGACCCCUUCAGGGCCAUCCGUUACACCAACCAUUCGUUAUUGAUGCUUGAGAUUGUCUAGUGUAAUCCUUCUUUUUGGCAGUGGCACAAAUUAGGCUCAUAGCAUUAGCUUUAUGACCCAUUCUUCAGUUACAAAUCUCCUGUAAUCAAACGACUCCAAUAAUACCGCUUUAAGGGAUACUAUCUGUGAGUUGUAGCUCACCUUUUCUGUGCUUAUCCUUCCAAAAUAAACCAUUACCAUUUAACUACAGCUUCCAGAAACUCAUGCUGGGUUGUAAAUUAUGAGACAAAACCUCAAAAUUGAAAAUAAAGUGUGAAUUAUAAAUCAGUUACUGGCCUAGCCACAUCUCACUGCUGGUUCUGCAAAGUCUGGUGUUUUGCAGCAAAUACAGAUACUUCAAAGGUGAUCAUAUUUAUAUUUUAAUGAACUGGCUGUGCAAGUAAUUUACAUGAUUUAUUUAAACAAUGUAUUUAAAAAAAAAAAAAAAAAAAGGAUUGCAAUUGCUAAUGGUGUGGAAGACCAGAAGAAGUUUAUAUAUAGUGUUGAGUUGCUAAACUAGAUUUGUAUCACCCUGUACCUGUGUAGAAACAUCAUAUGUUCUUUUAUAUUGUAUUACUAAUUUAAUAGGCUAUGUGAUAAUUUUACAGUAACGAAAAAAAAGUGGGAAAAACACCCAGAGAAAACAAUAAAAUUUAAUACAACCUGGGAGGAUGAACCAGAAUAAUAAUAAGUAUUAAUAUAAUUCUGUAAUGAUAAUAAACAUUACAUAGCGUAAUAUAGUAAAGGUAAAUUAUGUGAUAUGCUCUAUAAGAAUUGCACUCACAAACAAAGAUGUAAAACGGCUUCUCACCCCACCAGGGGUUAAAACGAUAGGGAAGGUUGGUUAAAUUCAAUCCUCUUUAAUUCCUUAAAUGGAUGAAGGAAAGAGACCCAUACAUGGUAAAGUACAUAAAAAUCACAGGAAAAUUUAUUAAGAUUGCACUUAUAAGCAGGCAGAUAAUCUGGGCAUGUAUCCACACAAUGUGGAACCAAAAUGCAGCAAAGCAAAAACCAGCAAAACCAGCAGGAAGUGAUAAAAACGAACAAAUUAAAAACACAGAAUAAAAGUCCAUUGGCAGUCCAAAAUCUAUAAUCCAACGCGUUUCGUCCUAUGUAGGGACUUCCUCAGGGAUUGUAAAGUAGUCUUCACAAAACCAGAAGGAAAUGAUAAAAACGAACAAAUUAAAAACAGACAAAAUAAAAUUCCAUUGGCAGUCCAAAAUAUAUAAUCCAACGCGUUUUGUCCUAUGUAGGGACUUCCUCAGGAACCCCUGAGGAAGUCCCUACAUAGGACGAAACACGUUGGAUCAUCACAUUGUCUGCCUGCUUGUAAGUGCAAUCUUAAUAAAUUUUCCUGUGAUUUUUAUGUACUUCACCAUGUAUGGCUCUCUUUCCUUCAUCCAUUUAAGGAAUUAAAGAGGAUUGAAUUUGACCAACCUUCCCUGUCGUUUUAACCCCUGGUGGGGUGAGAAGCUUUUUUACACCUGUGUUUGUGAGUGCAAUUCUUAUAGAGCAUAUCACUUAAUUCACCUUUACUAUAUUACGCUAUGUAAUGUUUAUUAUCAUUACAGAUUUAUAUUAAUACUUAUUAUCCUGGUUCAUCCAUCCAGGUUGUAUUCAAUUUUAUUGUAUUCUCUGGGUGUUUUUCCCACUUUUUUUUUUUUCGUUACUAUACGUAUAUUGGGUGUUUGUGAGGUACACCUGGGUCACACCUAGUUCUUCACGUACCGCUUAAUUGUUUAUUAGUGGGUACUAUUUUCCUUCAUAAUAGUGUGUAUAUAUAUCUUUUUCUGUUCACUGUAUGUGAUAAUCUUACCUCUCCAGAUGGACAACACUGAUCUAGAUUAAAUACAAUGAAAGGAAACAUAUUAUUCUCUUAUUGCAGGUUUGAAGUACUGAGUUUUCUCAUGUUGUGUUACAACUCUGCUAUUGUCUACAUGCCACCAUCAUCCUACCAGUCACUUUGCCGAAUGGGAUCAAGGUGAGAAGAAAGUCUUGAGUAAUAUGUGAUAAAUUGGGAAUACAUCUAAUUAGACUGGAGAGUUGGGUAAUGCUGCUGGAGUCGGUUAGAUUAUGCACUUGGAACCUGUAAAAAUGUGUACAUCUCAUUUUUGGUUUCCCUGUCAUUAAUUAUUUGCAUUGGUUUACUUUUUGUUUUUCCAGGCUUUGUGUGAGUGGCUUUCCAAGGCAACAUGAGAAGCGCUGGAAGGAUUUGUGUGGUCGGGUGGUGCUGGAUCCUGGCUUCAUGGUGCAGUUGUUAACAGGAGUCUAUCAUGCUAUGUGAGUUACGUUUAAGUUCAUAAAACUAUUCUCCUCGCAAGAAAAAGGCAACACUUAGUUUGCUGUUAACAUCAGUGAGAGGAAUAUGUCCUUUUAGGGAAAUGCCUCACCAUGUGUUAUGACGUUGAAAUAAAUACUUCAUAUGUAUCUAGAACUAUUCCCGAGCUUUACAAAGAACUACUAUCAUAUAAGGAGAGAAAGUCUUGGUAAUGUUCUAACGAGUUUCCUGAAAAAGGUAUGACUGGUAGUGUAUUUCCUUUGAGAGUUGGUGUUGUAUGGCAUGUGUCAUGCUGGAACGUUUAAUACCUGUGUUUGCUCUCACAUAACCAUAUAAUACCUUCUAGCUGGUCAAACCUUUUGUAUUAUAUACCCAAAUCCACUGUUCUGAAUACUUACAUGUUAAAAUUUAGUGUGACUGGACAUCUUUUAUUCUAUAUGCUAUUGGGCUGGAACCAAAAUGCAAGGUUUUUGGCUGAAAACGUAGCAGUUUCUAACAUGAAAAUGCCAAAUUAAAAAAAAAAAAAAAUAUAUAUAUAUAUAUAUAUAUAUAUAUAUAUAAACAAUUUCAAGUAUUUUUUUAUUUUUUCAAAUAACUUACUAAAAUAUGCAGCUCUAACAUUCAGGACAUAGUGGGAAAAUUAUUAGUAGACUCCCCCAUUCCCUUUUCCACAACCACUACUACUGUAUUGGUGAAAUGAACAGCAUUCUGAGCUACGUCUCAAUGGUAUACAGUCCUACACUGGGUAGUCCUUUGUAUCUGACUGCAGCACAACUGUACUCUUUUGUUUAUAUCUUUUGCACUCAAGGCCGAUAAAAGUCAGAUCCUGGCUACCUUUUUAGGUAUACUUCGCUUGAUAGCAAAAGUACUUGACUAAGCUAUACUUUAAAACAAAAAACAAAAAAUUAUUUCUCUUUACAGAUACAAUGGGGAGUGGGAUCUUGGGCAAGAGGUCCUUGAUGACAUCAUAUACCGUGCCCAGCUUGAGCUUUAUUCACAGCCCCUACUGGUAAGUGCUAAAAUUACACAAAAUCUCCACUAUAUAAAAAUACCGUAUGUGCUUGCCUAAUCCUGACAGUUAGUUGAAAGAGAAGUUUGAUACAUAAAGUGGUUCAAUUGUAAAAAUAUCCUUUGUGUGAGACGCUUCCUUUUUAUUUUAUUGAAAAUCGUUGACAUUGCUGCAUAGUGUGUUACUUAAAAUAAUGUAUUUCUGUUAUCACUCUGUUUUAAAGGAACACUUCAAGCAUCAUAAAUCCUACAGUGCCUUGUAGUGAUUAUGGUGCCAGCAGUACCCCGACUCUUGCCCAGUGUAAGUAGUAAAACCAUUUGCUAACGGUUUGACUUCUUACCUGGAGGGUGUCGGAUGCCGCUCAUUGCCUGUGUAAGAGCCGGAAGCUCUCCAUGUUGAUCUAAGCCUGGUGGUACAGAGUUUAGCUUAUUGACUGAGAGCAAUUGGCUAACACUCUCAGCUGUCCUGCAUGGCUUAGAUUAGGAGAGUUAAUGAAUGUUCGAUGCAGGAGCAUCUGUCUCUAAAGAGACAGUGCCUCGUGCACCUCAAGUAAGAAGACACACUGUUUGACUACUUACACGUGGUAGGGCGCUGUAGUAGUUAUUGUGCUUGGAGUGUUCCAUUAAUUUAUUUGUUUUGUUUAUUGUUUUGUAGCUUUAAGACUGUUACUUUUGUUUCUUAUUAGACCUUAUGUUUCAUUGUUUAGGUUGCAAAUGCGAUGAAAAAUUCACUGCCAUUUGAUGCUCCAGACACCUCCAAUCAAGGGCAGAAAGUCCUCAAGGUCGAGGUGACCCCAACAGUCCCUCGAAUCUCUAGAACGGCUAUCACCACAGCUUCUAUACGUAGACACCGAUGGAGGAGAGAAGGUAACCAAUAAAAAAAAUGUGGGAAUCGGUUUGAGAUCCCAUGUAAUGUUAAAGCAGUCAUGAGAUUAUUAACUUUAUCCUAGGAUUUAUAAAUUGAAAUGCCAGCAACAAAGCCAAUAAUAUAAUAAAUCUUUUUGUGUAACAUACGUAUUCUAUGGGAUACCUGUUUGUGAUGGGCUUUUGCCUGGUGUUUCUAUGGUCCUAUGGAAACAAAAUUGAGCCCACUAAACAAUACUAUCAGUUGAUUUUGAUCAUAACACUAUGCAAGUGUUGAGGAAGCAUAUUCUUAAUGUGGUAAAUAGCAACUUAUCAGUGGAACAAUGAUCUGCAAAAUAUAGUGGAAACUUUGGAACCUGUAACCUAUGAAUUCUAUUAAAGGACCACUAUAGUGCCAGGAAAACAUACUCGUCCCACUGGAUGGCAAGGAAAGGUUAAACUUACAUUUUUUCCAGCCCCGGGCGGGGAGCUCUCCGCCUCCGAUCCUCCUCUUCGGCUGAAUGCGCGUGCGCGGCAGGAGCUGCGCGCGCAUUCAGCCAGUCUCAUAGGAAAGCAUUCAUAAUGCUUUCCUAUGGACGCUUGCGUCUUCUCACUGUGAUUUUUCACAAUGAGAAGCACGCAAACGCCUCUAGCGGCUGUCAAUGAGACAGCCACUAGAGGCUUUAGAGGCUGUCAAUGAGACAGCCACUAGAGGCUUUAGAGGCUGUCAAUGAGACAGCCUUUAGAGGCUGGAUUAACCCAUUUAUAAACAUAGCAGUUUCUCUGAAACUGCUAUGUUUAUUAAAAAAAAGGGUUAAUCCUAGAGUGACUUGGCACCCAGACCACUUCAUUAAGCUGAAGUGGUCUGGGUGCCUAGAGUGGUCCUUUAAUAAUUGGCAUUAGGUCUCCUAAUCUCUUUCAUUUCAAUGUUAAAUUGCCGUAAAAUGCCAUGGUCAUUGUAAUUUUCUCUUUAAUUAACAAUCUACACUAGUUACUGCCAUUUUUCAGCCACAAGCAGAAUAAAAUGCAGUUGUUACCUGUAACAAUAUAGUCCCUAAUAUCAUGCAAACAUCUUUGUCCUAGAUUUGGUGUUUCAGCCUCUCUGUGUUCACAUUACUUCUUUUGAAUGUACUGCUAAGGGACACAAGAAUUUGGCUCAAAACUUCCCCCCCCAAUGAUUGUUAAAUAAGCAAACCAAGUCAGACUUCGAGGGUUUUGAUGGUUAUGAGUCAUGUCCUGGCAAUAUAGUAGGAAAAAUAAUUUAUGAUGGCAAACACCUCUAAUGGUCAAACAAAAUGUAGAAAAAAAAAAAAAAGUAAUUUGCCCUGUACACACACAGGCUAGACCAGACUGUUACUUAAAACAAAAGCACACAAAUUAGGGAUUAAAACUUUUUAAAAUGCAUCAACAAAAGAUCUAAGGACAAGCUUGUCAUUAUUCUCACUUGUUUUAUCUCUAGUUGGCGACUUAUAAUCGUAGACUGCGAUUAAGUGUUUGGUUUUUAAAUUACAGCUUGGUGUGUGUACAAAGUGAAACUGCUUUUGGUACAUGUUCAGCAGGGAUUACCCUGUAACAUGUGUGUGUUUGUGUAACACCUCGUCUACCCUCACAAUGCAGUUGUAUUUCUGAUCGUUAUUUUUUUUGAAUGACUGUUCAACUAGUCUCAUUCCUGACAGAAUGGCAUGCUCUCUGCAUUAAGCCACAACAGAGACCUCUUUUACCAGGGGAGGGUACUCAAACUUUUGAUUGUUACUGUAUCCAAAUAAAUGUUGUUGGAAUUUAAAUUACACAUGAGUUCCAGCAGCUUUCACAAUCAGACAAGUAGUGGCUUGUUUUGGAGUUUUCUAUCCACCUCUUAUGUCGCUGAUUAAACUUUUGAAUUCCACUGCAUACUAGUUGCUUUAUUUAGACUAAAUCACUGUGUUAAUGUUCCCUUAGUGGGGUUAUGUAUAAACAGGCAAAAUUGGGAAUAAGAUAAAAUGUAAAGCAAUUACCAUAGCAUCUAGUGAAUGUGCCUACUGAUUGCUUUACUUAACCUAUAUACCGUAACUGUGUGGAGCACUGUGGCAAGCGUGCUAAGUUUCACAUUUUCAACUGCCACUAAACGUAGCAUAGUCCAUCAUCUAUAAUGUAAUUUUCAUGGUUUUUUUUAUGUUAAAACAUAUGAAAGAAAUGUACCUGUUAUCAUGUUACAAUAAUGUCACAUGAAAUUCGCAGAGUUGUUGUCUCUUUUCGCUUUGUUGCUUUUUAAGUUUUUGUUUUAAUUGAAUUUAUUUAAAAUUGCAUUUCUUUGUUGUGUAUGUUCUACACACUGUGUUCCAACUACCGCAGCAUUUUAGUAUUCAUAUAGAACUGCCUGGACCAUUUUAUUAUAAAGGCCAGAUGAGUAUUGUGGCAUUGCUUUAAAUCGUUUAUGUAUAAAUAAUAAUAACCCUGGAUUUAAUUUAUCUUUGUGACCCAUAGGGUAUCUACAACAAUUCAAAAUAAGAAAACACUAGUAUUUGGAUGUAUAAAGUCCAGUUGUUUUAAUGCUAUAAUCCCACCAAAACAUCCAUACUUAAUGUAACCUUCUCCCCAGGCUCCAGUGACUUGUACCUUUACGUUUGAAUGUCAUGUUGCAGCAUUUUUCAUGCGCAUCUUUUUUUUAAUUUGCUUUGUUAUUUAAAUAUAUGUGAACGGCCCUUUUCAGCGAUUUUUAUGUCCUCCCAAAAAAUUUAAGAACUCUAAAUACGCCUAGCAAGUCUUUUUAUUUUUAUUUUUUACUUUUCAUUUAUUUUUUAUUUUUUUUAAAUUUUUAUCCUGAUUUUAAAUUUGGCCAAACAAAGAGGAAUACGACCGAUGAAAAGACUUUCAGAAACAAACUAAAAUCUUCCCUGUGUUGAAUCCCAGAUGGUUUUGAUCUCACAAGCGACUCGAACCCUGGCUCCCCGACUUUGCGUAUCGCCACAGACCUAAGCACUAAUCGCGAGGGGGAUGUUCUUGUGUACAGGACCCCUGAGACCAACUCUCCAGAAGCUGCCACUAAGGGUAGGCCAGAGAAGUGGAGUAAGAAACCAGUGGUAGAGUGGAUUAAGGAAAAUCCAGGCUCCAGACAAAGACUUCCUUAUCUCCAAAGACAGUGGGUUAGGGUCUCUUUGUCCAUGCGCUUCCUUUAUCGUUGGCUCCAGGUCAGGUAUUAAUGUUUUGCUUGCUAUCUCCAGCUAGCCUCUAAUACCUGCACCUCCUUGCAGUCAAGAGAUCAGCUUCGCAUGGCAAUAGAAUGUUUCUUGCAGCAACUUAGCCCAAAAAGGACAGGACUUCUCUUGGUGAACUCUCAUUUCAGGGUAUGUUAUGUCAAAGAAAUGUCUUGUGUUUUGGAUUGUGAUAUUCUGUCACAAUUUACUUUUACAAAAAGAUAAGUCCUGCGUUCACUCCCAUCACUCCUGGGCGGCAGCAACGACCACAGUACACAUCAGCCCCAAUAUAUAUAGUAAAAAACCAAAGAAAAAAAGUUACCUGCGCUCUCUCCUUAAUCCCUGUGUAUAUUUAAAUAAAUGGAGGUCAUUUAGUUACUCCAAUAGCCAUUGGAGGGAAUGCCCGCCUGCCAAUGUCAAGGCAGACCCCCCUAAGCAGACUACACUGACCCUUCACCUUGCUUCCUUAAGCUUCUGGCAAGGAUAUCUCUAAUGAGACAGAGAGGGGUAUUUUUUAUAUACACCCAUAUAUACUUAUUAACCCUUAAUAGGGAACACAUGGGAUGGGCGGCAACAUUAUAACAAAGCUGUGUGAUACAAAAAGAUAAGUACUGCGCUCACUCCCAUCACAAUUUACUUUUACAUGAAUAUAAUUUUGCCACCAAAUCAACUAUUUGUUGUUUUUUUUGGUUUUUUUCUCCAUCGCAUUUUUUAAACUUUUUUUUUUUUUUUCUAGUUACACAUUUUUCUACAUGCAGAAACAUCUCCAAACCUGAAUAAAAGUUAUUUACAAAAACAAUGUCAGGGAUGUGAAUAUGCAGUGAUACAUAAUAGUAACUAAUAUUUAAAGGCACUCUGUAGGCAGUAUAGCCGUUUCAUCUCAUUGAUUUGCUUAUAGUGCCAGGAGUCCCCUGGCAUUGUCUCUGCAUUCAGUGUUAAACCAUCUUCAAGAAGUUAAACACUAAAUAAGAGACCCCUGACCUCCCACAACCCAGUCCCUACUGGAAGUAUUAAGUUAAUACUUAAAAUUCUUGAUUUUUCCUUUUUUAUGACCCCCUUAGGGAAUUAAAAUUGUAAAGCAAAAAGGGCAUAAAAUCCUCAUAGCAGUGCUGUUUGUGAGAAAUAGGUUUGCAAAACAAACUCAGUCUGCGCAUUUCAUACAAAUAACUUUAUCAAAACGUUGUCUUUCAGGAGGUAUGGUUAAGACAAAGAUUACACACAUCUUUCUAACAUACCAAUUCCAUACCAAUAAUAUUUUGUUUAGUAUGAGCAAUUUAUUUCCUACUCAUUUAGUAUGAGCAAUUUAUGUCCUACUCAUAAUUACAUUCAUAUUGGAAGACCAUAUAUUCACAUUCCUAACUCCGUCAAAGUGAAAAUGAUAAUCAAUAAAAGCAGUCUGUAUCGUAUCCAUCUUAACCAUGGAUAAAUGCAUGGUUUGUGACAUUGCAGUUGUGUCUAUUCAGGGGCCAAUGCAAAAAUCCACAUGCAAAAUACUUUUUGAGAUGAGAGUUCCCAAGUCUUACAUGCAACAUAUCCUGGCAUUACAUUGGCAUGCCUAUUCUGCCAUAUUGCAUGUGCAUGGUCCGAAAGCACUGGAGAAGGGUUGGUAUUUUUGCUGUACUGGAUUCAACUGCUGAGUAAUCGUGUCUUCUUCAAGCCAUCUCACUGUGACUUAUUUCUCUUUGGGUUGUAUCCAUUAGUUUCACCAGUGGCAUCCACUGUCAUAUAGUUCAGGCUGCCAAACCCAUCUUCUGCCUAAUGGUUGAUGAAUACAGUGAAACCAGAUAUCUGGCUGCUUGUAUGAUAUCAAUUUUGGCUGUGUGUAGUGCCAUUAAAGUGAUUAAAUAUUCAAAACUAAGCCUGUUUAUCAAUUUUAUACAACUCGCUUAGAGACUUGAUACCAAGAAACUGAUCAAGUGUCAGCAGGUUUGCUGUUUUUAAUUUACUUGACCAUUGACCCUUUACAGAGUAAGAGGAGCUGUUUAAUAGCAAAUAAUUUGGUAUUGACUGUUCCACCUGGAAGGAAAGUUGUUAAAACGGAUUGCUAUUCUGAUUUUCUUUUUUUUUUUAUAUACAAAUAGUUUAAGUUUAUGUUUUGUUUAUUGUUUUUCCAUCAUUCAAAUGCCCGGUCAUGUUUAUUUGGAAUACAGGAGAAUUGACAUAAAAGUAAUCUCUCAAUUUCAAAUCCGUUUCUGUAAAAGGGCAAGUUAAAUAUCUACAUUUUCAAAAAUGUGUCUCUUUUAACUUUUUUUGCUGAAAGAACAAACACUACCAUUAUACCAUUUAGACUAGUAGUGCUGUUCUGUUUACACUAUGAAUAGAGUAGUAGCUCAACACAGCAUGACACUAAACUACAGCAUUCAUUUUUAUUUUGUUACAUUUCUAAUUUCUUUAAAUGACUGGCUGGAUUUUGAAUUUAAAGGGACACUAUAGUCACCAGAACAGCUGCAGCUUAUUGUAGUUGUUCUGUUGAGUGUAGUUAGUCCCUGCAAGAUUUUCAAUGUAAAUACUGUCUUUUCAGAGAAAAGGCAGUGUUUACAUUGCUGCCUAGGGACACCUCCAGUGGCCACUUCUCAGAUGGCUACUAGACGUGCUUACUGUGCAGGACUCCCGUUCAGCGUCUUCACACUUUGCAUGGAGAUGUUGAACUUUCCUCAUAGGGAUGCAUUGAUUCAGUGCAUCUCUAUGAGGAGAUGCUGAUUGAACAGGCCUGCAUUUGGCCCCAGCAUUAGAUUUGCUGAGAUAAAUUCUGAUGUCAGCUAAAGAAGCGGAUCGGGAGCGGGACCAGCGCUGGUGGACCCACGCGCUGCUGGAAAAAAGGUACCUUUUAACUUUUUCUAAGGGGGCUAUGGUAGAGCAAGCCACCUAAAUGGUGGUUUUAACACUAUAGGGUCAGGAAUACAUGUUUGUGUUCUUGGCCCUAUAGUGUUCCUUUAAUUUUGUUUGAAUACAUAUUCUCCAGUAUGCAAAGAGACUCAAGUUUGUUCCAGGCACUUCUCAAAUGUAUGAUAUGUCCACUUGAUACCUCAGUAUAUGUUCACAGGACCUCAGCCUUGCAUUUCCUCAAUCCAUGUAUAUAUAUUGUAGGGUAGUUAGUGGCUCUUGUCCCAGUUGGAGAAUAUCUGCUUUUUGCUUAAUUUUACAUUUCUGUGUCCCGUGGUCUUAUGUGUAUGUUGAAAUAUUUUUACCUAAGGUGAGUUUUUCUGUAGAUAGGUUUUUCCUUUAAUCGUUUUAAAAAUAAGCAAACAAACAAAAAUUGUGGGGUAUAAUUGCUCGUAUCUGAAAUCUUUCUGCAUUUGACCUGGGAACUCUGGGUUUAGUAUUGUUUGUUGAAACCACAUCUAGAGUGACAGAUCUAUAUACUUCUAUAUACUCUACGUUCAUUCAGAUUUUUCCAAUUCCAUUGGUUUUUAACUUUUCAUAUGUUGCCUUACCAUAUGACUAAUAUUGACGCUACGCUUUAUAGUGAGAAAUAUCAAGCUGUAAUAAUUGUAAUUAUGUAUCAUCCAUUGAAAGCACAAUUAUUAAGUUGUGGGAAAAGAUUCUAAAAUCAGUAUAAAUAGUACUACCCAUUGCCUAUCAGAGUCUGAGUAACUAGGUCCUAGGAUCCUCUUAGAAGGUAUGUGGGAAAUGAAAUGCUGAAAUGGUAAGUAAUGUCUAGAUCCAUGAGUGCAUCCCAGUCUUCUCUGCAAAUUAUACCGUUUCCCAUCUUCACUUAAUUUUUAUCUUUACUUACCCAAAGCCUAAAAUAAAAACUUGCAUGUGAUUCACGCUAUUGAAAAUAUUUUGGGUUAGAAUAUGAUGUGGUGAAAAUUCCAAUGUUGUUCUACACCCUGCAUGGGCAAACUGCUGUUACCUAUCUGUUGUAGGGCUGCUAUCUCUGCAAUCCUCAAGUAGCCCAUGUGCCCAGUUGGGUUGCCUCUGUCUGUUCCGGACUACAGGAUACUGAAUAAUUGCUUGAUGAAACUACAUAGAAAAUGUUUCAACUUUCCAUAUUUUCUAGAUGCUUAUCCCACAUCUGUACUACAGUUCCUUUGCACUUGGCAUGACUGAGCUGAAAACUUGCACCCUAGCCACUUUGCACCCACUUUGUUUGUACCUUUCCUGAUUUCAUGGGAAGCGAUCCUUUGCUGCCUUCUAUCUUCUAUUUAUAAUACAAACGCAUAGUAGUAAAUGAUGAAUGAAUUGUACUAAUCUGCUGUUUGUUUGUAAUACUGUAAAAGACGUAAGCCACAAAGCACUUGGUGAGUUAUGCUCAAAGGCCUGUAAAAUGUAUUAACUUACAAAAAUUGCUUACAAAAAAGUUUGUUUAAAUCUAUAGGACCCCAUUUAACAUGAGACACUACUGAGGUAAAAUAAUUUCCCCUAGGGCACUGGUUCCCAACACAAUACUCGACAUGUUACCAGUCUAGGAUCAUUUCCCACUUCUGUUCCUGUGAGCAUAGUGACUAAACCUGGACAAUUGGCUUGCCUUGGGUUAGGGUCACUACCUGAGAGGUUUCUACCAGUGACUUAAAUUAACUAAAUUAAGUGCCAACCAUUGUUUAAUAGACCCCAUGUCAUUUAAGUUUCUUAUUAAGGUAUGAACAACUGGCACAAGCUGAUGCAUGCAAAACCUAAUGUUUUCUUAAAUGAAAAGCAUGAUCCAUUGUAAAACCGAUGGAAAGAUAUGAAUUACCCGUAGUAUGUAUAGUGUUAACACAAGUUACCAGGUACAGAAUGUGUAAAAUAGUUUUAACUGUGGGCUUAAUGUGCUUAAUUUUCCAUAAUUUAAAAUGUUCACUAGUGGGAGUGUGUGCAUCUUAAAAUAUCACAUGAUUUAUUGUAUGUAUUUUUUUGUUGUUUUGUUUUAAGGGCCUGAUGGCACAAUUGGCGGAGAGGACUCCAUACACUUGAAUGAUGCUGAUGAGGGUUUUUCAUCUGGGGCAUCAGUUAGCAGCCAGCCUGUAGGAGCCAAACAGACUUCAGCAACUCAGAGGAGUGGCUCAAGGAAAGGAGGUAGUGUGCGUUCUGUCAAGGAAAGAGAACCACCAACACCAUCAAAGACUAGUGAAAGUCUUCGAGAUGUAAUGCCUAGAAAACCACCCGUCCCUACAGCUGCUGACUCCACACUUGAAGGGAUAGAGUUAUCACCAAUGAAGAAGCACUUAAGCCUCCCAGCUGGCCAUGUGGUGGCAAAAGCCACUAGCUUGAGUCUGAUAAGAACCUCCAGCACUUCAUCCACAAAAUCAUUUGACUAUGUAAAUGGCAGUCAAGCUGGUGGCAGUGGUGGGGUAGAAGGUGUUACAAACCUCUCUGUCUGCAACACAAACCGGUUUUCAACUAUAAGCCUUCAAGAGGACCGGCUAGGCCAUUCAGGAGAGAAUAAAGACCUCUUGUCGCCUGGUGCACCUUUGACCAAACAAUCCCGAUCACCAAGUUUCAAUAUGCAGUUAAUUUCCCAGGUUUAAUUUUGUUUCUCAUUGACCGUAAACAGUGCAUAUUUGCACAGAAACAAAUAAUCCUCAUACAGCAGCCUAAAAUACUCAUGACUUGCCCCUUUUUACUCUUGAAAAAUUCUAUGUGCAAGAGCAAUACAAAUCCCCUUCCCUACUCUCCGUGCCCGUGAAUAGAACUAUCGUAAAAAGCGUUUAUUCAUUAUUUCUUUAAAAAAAAAAUUCAAUUUUUUUUUAAAUUCCUUAUUAAUUUGGGUCAAGUGCAAUGAAUGAACGUUCAGUUGGUCCAAUCAUAAAUUCUAGCGGAAAGUAUUUCAGUUAAAAUGAAGAUAAUGUAAUGAGUUGGGGGUUCCAACAAAUAAUGCAAAGCAUCUUUUCUGUACCAGAAGUUCAAAGGAGAUAUUUAAAAGGUCAAUUGACCGAUCACUUUGUGCAAUGCAUUUUUAAGUGACUAUGGUUACAUUUAUCAGUCUGCUGCACCUUUUGGACAAUUUAUGUAUGUUCCUUUCCAACCAGGGGUCCAUCAGCAACAACAUCUUUCACUGGAAGUCAUCAUUUUAGAAGUUAAAAAUAACUGUAAAUUAUAGAUUGCAAAUAUCUUAAGAAGACAUUUCUAUAACCCAUGCUACGUGUCUUCCCUUCAUGCCCUAUGGAUUUUGGGUUAGUGUGGCCCAUGGAUUCAAGAUUUCAGAAGACAAUCCGCACAUUCAAGAUAAUCCAAACUGACUUCUGUAUGAUAAUCACAAUUUCUCCUUGCCUAUGCUUGCUGUUGGAUGUCAAAUAACUUGUUGGGUAAAGAGAGGGACUUGUAGGCUGCAUUUACUUGCUGGAAAUCAGUCAUACAGCCUUCUCAGCUGCUCCCCUUCUGUCCUUCUCCCCAGUGACCCAUGCAUAGGUUUGUAUAUCCAUUUGUGCAGGCCAGAGAACACUUUAGGGAGUGUUCAGCAGCCUGUAAGAAUUGCUGUUGUGUGAAUCGAAGCUGUUUUCUUGGUGACCCUCUAGACCACACUGCCUUUGUGAUUACUAUUAAUUUUAUAUGUUGUGAUAACGUUUCCAAAAUGACCUGUUGUUUUUUUUUUAUUUUAAACAAGAUUGUCGUGGGCCUGAAGUUCAUUGCUUCUUUGUCCCGCAAUUCAGAAGAUAAUCUGAAUGCCACUUAUCCAGGUGUGAAUGUAUAAGGCUAUUCAGUGACCACAGUUGAAAUUAACCUCAUUAUGUUUGGUUUAAAUUUUUUUGUUCCUUUAUAUAUUUGUAUGGGCUCAUGUCGACCUAUUCUGCUUGUGGCAGUGUCUCCUAGAUGUUUACAGGGUAUCUGUCCAGAGGGCAGAGCCAAUAUACCAACUUAUAUUGUUUGUAUUGGCAAUCAAGUUUUGUGUGAGCCUGACCUAUUAUCAAGAUAAGCUGCCCUGUGAAUUUUGUAGUAUAGAAAUGUAUAUCAUCUGUGAUAGCUGGAUAACGUCACCUUCUGCUGAAUACCCUUAAAUAUUCCUAAUGCUGUGUAGUUGCUGUACAGGAAUUUAUCUUUCCUUAUUAUAACCUCCGUUAGAACAGAUCCAUAUCUGCACAAGAGAUAAGUGUUGCUUUCAAAUCAGAAUGUUCAGUGCCCAACUUUCAGAACAUAAUGAUAAAUGAAAAACCAGUGAAUUCUAAAAGGUUCCAAAAUGUAUUUAAACAACAAAAAAAGCUGAAGUUUUGGUUUUGAAAGCUCUGUAUAGCAAGUUGGUUUUACAAAGAUGGUCAUGUAAAUCUAGUAUACUGCACAUAAAGAGAACAAUUUAUUUUAUUGUAGACAACUGGGGCAGGCAUUGACUCCAUCCCAAGGUUACUGUUGAUUCAGCUGAGCUUACGGAGUGGAGUAGUUUCCAUGUUACUUUUUUUUUCUCUACAUGCCAUAUGUUCCACCAUUAUUAUGUAAGUGGUUUGGGUUAAUAUUUUUAAAUGAACAUUUAAAUUAUAUUUAUUUCCUAUAUAAGCAAGUCCCAUAUGAAGCCCCAGAUGGUUCUACCUCACUGCUCAGGGAUACACAACCAGGCGUAGGGAAGCUGUGGCACUGCCAUUGUUGUAGAUGGAUUAUAUUUGGCCUGCAGUGGUUAGCAGAACAUGCCGAGAGACGUGAUGCACAAAAGCUACGGUGCCAAAGUUUGCUUCACCUUGUUCACGUCUGGUCUUGAUCACAAGACUUUAAUACCUGAUACAUUUCAGAAAACCCAUUUGUGCUCGGGUAGAUAUGGUUUUAAGACUGGCUUAUCACCAAUACUGUCUGGCUCAUUUGUUUGAACAGGUCUAUCCACUGUUACUAUAAUGCUUCAAUCACUCUUGAGAAUCCAUUUAUUUAGCUCCCCUCAAUAAGCAAUGUUAUAGCAUCAGUCUUGAUGUACCUGAUUCCUCAUAUAGAAAUACAUAAAUAAAGUCAAUGGACAGCUGCUAUGCUACACAGUACUGAAUAGAAAGGUAAUACCUUUAUAGCUCUUUCAUUAAAAACAAAAUAUUGACAGAAUUAUUGCAUGUAUAGCCCUGGUUGCUUUAAUUGUCAGGUGCAUAUUGCAGUCUGUUACCCUAGGACACUAUUGUGAAGGUGUAUUGAUAGUCUGCUAAAGUUUUAUUUUUAUGAUCAUUUAGUCUAGAAAGAUACAUGCUCACAGUAGUUGCCAAUCACUGGAUGUCAUCUGUUAAAAAUUCAGUAAAUAAUGGUUAAUUUAAAGGAACUGUAACUUAUACUUGGAAACAUCACUGCUUGUCUCUGAUAGUCGGUUGGUGGAUUUAUAUUCCAUGUCUCGUUUUAAAAACCGGUAUGUCAGAACUGACAAAAAUAGUGGUUAUCAAUUAUUAAUAAGACCAUAGUAUGGGAUGUUAAUGUUUUAAAUUAAUUCUCCAAGCUGUAUUGCCCCUACAUCUGUAGGAGCAGUCCCAACUCCCACCCUCCCCCCAAGGUUUUAUAAAUUAUCUUCAAAAAGCAAAGAAAAAAUAGACACCUUUUGCUUAACAUGUGCUAUUAAAAAAAAAUGUGACUUCCUCAUUAUUGGUCCUAAAUAUUUGUAUGAGGUAAGCAGCAAUUGGCCAUGGCCAAUCAUCAUUAACUUUCAUUUCUGCAAAAUUGACAAAGGCUGUCUGUGGUUAUGUGGUUGGAAUGUCUCUAAAGUUUAAAUACAUUAUCAGCUGGUGGCUUUGAUGGAUACCUUUAGCCCUGCUGUUGUUUGGGAUAUUCAAUUUGUAGGAUACGCUGCCAGCCUUUAAAUCAUGGGAAAUGUAGUUUACAGUAAUAUAAAAAUAUUGAGGUUAGCCAUCCCUUUACCUAUGGUCUGGUAGAUAUUUCAUUAGCACAGGUUAAACAGUGUGACGGGGCUUCUGGUAGAUACAUCAUUAGUAUCAGUUAUGUGAGUAGUUUUUGGGUUGGUGAGUCCCAAGGUAACAUUUUGCAAAUCAGGGGCUCAGGAAUAAAACCAUUAAAUGCCACUUGAGCAUCCCUGUUAGAGACAUAUGUUAUAGUGUGUCUGGAAAUAAGUUUCAUUGCAAAGUGCAACUCUGGACCGUUUCUAAAGUAAAGCAAUCCCCAUGGAAACCAAUAGAAUGUCUCGUUUCUUGCACUUUUAGAACGCUUUACCCCACGUGUUAUUUAUAAACAACUCCCAAAGUAUGGCUCGGGGCCUUCUAUAAUUAGACUAGGUACCAUAUCGCUCUCCAUCUCCACCCCUUGUUAGUGUUGAUUUACGCUCUGUGUUUAUGGUGCAUGAUCCCUUGCUAGAGGUGCAUGUCUCCUAUUGUCAUGUUUUUCACUUUGUGUGAAAUGUUGUAAUGGAAGUCUGCUUGUCUUUAAAGGAGUGAUAAACAUUGUAAUUAAUAGGACUUCCAGCAUAUCUAUUCUAUUAAAUUGUCUGUGUGAGUGUAAGCAUCUGGUAAAUGCCAAAAAAUAUACAGUGAAAUGAAAAAAAACCUAACUUCUAGUUGAUUUAGUGGACAGAGUAAACCACCUGUCCAUUUUCACUUCAUCAAAUUUUUAAUGCAAUAUCCCGCAGACCGUUGAUAGAAUAAAGGGUGAUGAGGCAACCUUGCGUACAUUUUUGCCAAACAAUGGAAGACUACCUGAUUCUGGAAAUGUUCGACAUGGCAGAACGUAAACCAGUGAAUAUUUAAUUUGAUCUUGUGCCUGGACAGUGAGAGAGAACAAACAGGGAAUUGAGCAGAAGGAUCCUGUCAACCUUAUGUUGUGUGACCAACUGGCAGUGGUUAGUAGGUCAUCAUCUUUAAUUCAGAGCAGUGUCCCUUGCUGGGUAUUUUCUCAUAUGAAAUCUACCAAAACCGUUUUAUAGUAAGAAAUGGAUAAUGAUCCAAAUUAUAUCCCUAACAUUUGAUCAACCUUCCAUAUAUAACAAGACAGUCUAUGGAAUAAACUAUCUGGGAUUUUGUCCCUGGCUGUAAUAGUCUGGCGAAGGGAUGUUUUCCAAAAUCACAGUAUUUAUCUUAGUGGAAAGAGAUCUCUAUAUUGUGUCUUCUCUGGUAAAUAAUUGGUUUUUGGUGUACUUUUUCACACUUAAUCCGUACCUCUUAAUUUAAAAAAAAAUAAAUAUAUUAAGAAAAUGUAAGAGAUUCCAGUAAUGCUAUGAUGCUUAUUAAUUGACAAAUUCCAUUUCAGAGGUAUUUAUAUAUAAUUUGUUCAGAUUUGAUAUUUUUGAUGUUUGUAGCUUUAUUUUUUUUAGACAUAGCUUUAUUUGUUUUUUAAAAUAUUUUGGUGACAAUCAUAAUGUGUGUGUGUGUGUGUGUGUGUAUAUAUAUAUAAAUCAACAAAUUCAGAUGUAACAAGUCAAAUUGCUGUAAGAGUCUGCACUAUUGAAAUAUUGUAUUUGGAUUAAUUAUUUUAAUUUUUUUUUUUUUUUUUGAAGACAACAUUUUUAUUUUUAUUAUAUUUUUGUCAUUGUUUUUAUCUAUUGUGGACAUUUUGUCUGAGGAUGCAAUGAAACACAGAUGUGCAUAGAGCUGGUCCUAUAAACUUGACUGGGAAUAGAGCACAAGAGAAUGGGCUUUAUUUGUUGUAAAUAUAAAAAAUGCUUUCCAUUGAAUGAUAUGCUGAAUAAGAAUCAAUAGAUACAGCAUCUUAAUACAAAGACCAAGUAUACAACCUAUGUGAUGAGCUGUAAUUAACAUUCUAUUUGUAGUUUGGGGACAUUCCUGCACAUGUUCUGUUAAUUCCAUAUUAAAAAUUUCAUCAACUUUUGAAUACAUAAUAAUAGUAGGGUAUAAUACAUGGGAUAUGGUCUGUGCACUCCAUUUAGAGCAUAUGAUAAGCCAAUUAAAGCAUCUCUGUUUAUGUUGUAUGAUUUAUAAAGACCUCCAAAAGUGGCAUGCCCACUUGUGUUGCGGUGGCGAUGGGGAGAAGACUAAGGUAGAUGCACUUAGCUGAACCUUCCCCCUGUUACGUGUUACCAUAUUUAUUGUAGUGAACCUCUUUGACUUCCGCCACAUCAUCUGCCAGGAUCUGCGUCAAUGAUUUAUAUUCACAAAUAAGUAACUCAUUAAAGUGUGAAUUGUUGAGUAAUUAAUUCACUGUGAAUUUAAAAUGUUAGGACAAAAUGCCCAAACUAAAAAUUUGAUAUGGAUAUUUUUUUCAAUUUGGCUAUUUUGAAUUCAAUUAGGAGGAGAAAAAAAAUACUGUCAGCCAAUGUGUCAGUUCUGACGCAAGCACGCUGGCAACAAAGCAAGUGUGCCGACGUCACUGACGAGAUUUGCUGUGCUUGGGGAAGCAUCCCAUGCAGGGCAAAUCAAAGAAGACUUCGGGAGGAGCACAGGCAGGCUGGAGGAUGGCCUGGAGGUGAGUGUUUUUCACGAAGAGUAACACCCACGAAGGAGCACUGGAACGGUGAAUAAAUCUUUAUAUUAUACAUACCUUGUAACUUUGUGAUAUGUGGUGUAUUGUGGUGUAUUCAAUGUAUAUGGGAAUGAUUUCAGGUAAAUUAAUUAUUUCAAAACAGAUUCACUUUAAUAACCCUGUUGAUCACAUUAAGGCCAUAAUGUGCUUUGGUAUUACUGUGUUAAGCAGGUCAGCUACAGGCUAAACAAGUUUUGUAAUGGGGUGCACUGGCUCCCCCUGUGGGUAUAUUGUAUAACUUUAUAUCAGCAGCAUUCUCUUAAUAUAAGCUUGUUCAUAGUCCCCGUUCCAAAUAUUUUCUAUUGUGUAUUAGUAUGCAAUAUAAUAUGUAGCCAUAUGUCUAUUUAUUUCCCAGUAUGCAUAACUGCUGCUCCAGACCUUAAACUUUCAGUUUUUGACAGAGUUUUGAAAAAUAUUCAGGUACUAAACACAUUACUUAUUCAGGUCAUCUUUCAUGAGUAUAUUGCAAUCAAACAGUUUGUUAGAGUGGAAAUUCCAAGGUACUACAGUCGAGUCAUUAAAAAUAGUUAUGGGAAUGUUACUGUAUGGUUGCAUUUCAUUUGUAUGCAUGUGCAUUUUGUAGGAUGCAUCAAAACCUGUUUGGAGCACACAUCUUAACACCUCAGUAUAAUGAAAACAAGGAAUGUUUUCCGUUUCUAGCCUACAUUGUAGUAUGUACACGUGUUCUCUGUAGGCCAUCAUGAUAAGGGUCACUUUUUAUGGUCUUAUUUUAGAGACAUUUGUUUGUACAUCUUGGGGAAGAGACAUACUUUCUGUAUUGAAGACUCUGUCACUGAGUGCUAUGUUUCCUCUAUGCAUUGUAUUCAUGAAGCUUCAAGGUUAGUUAACAACAAAAUACACCUAAAUGUAUUAAUUGGGUCAUUUCGUGGUCAGUGACUACAAGUACGGGUCAUGGUCAGUAGGUGUUAGAUCCAUCAUGCAUUUCAGGCAAUCUUAAGGGACAGCUUAUAAUACAUGAUGGUUUGAGCACUUGCUCGGAGAUGGGUCAUUAUCCAUGAGUAAUUUAACUAGAUUAUUGAUUACAUAUGCGUUUGCGUUUUACUUUUUGGCUAGCACAAGGGCAUCAAUGAAAGGAUAAUUUGUUCAGAUGGGACUCUGACACAUAUACAUGCUACAGUCCCAUAAAUACACAAAGCAAAAAUGUCUCAGGAAUCCAGGUUUAGAAUCUCAUUUUGGCUUUAAAAGUGUAACGGUCACAUUUAUAUAUUUUGGAUAAAUCAUAGCUAACAAAAAGUUAGCUAUAGUCUGUGCUUCUCAAUUCUUUUUAUUUAUAAUUUGCAUUGCAUACCUGCCAAUUUUGGCAUGCGCAUGUAUGCCUCUAUGGGUAGUUGCAUGAGCAUGCCCAGAGCAUCAUGGGAUAAUUAGGUUGAUUUGAACGUAAAAAAAGUUGCAGAUGUAUUUUUUUUGGGGGGAGGGGUCUGUACAUCUGCUGGACACAGUUUUUAACAAAUAUUUAGCUGUUAACAUCCUAUUAGAAUGUAUUUAGACUAAAUGACCUAAUAUAAUCGUCCUUUCAAUAGGAUGUCUUUUUUUUUUUCUUUUUUUUUUUGUGCAGACGUUUUUUUGUUGUUGUUUUUUUUUACAGGAAAAUUAAGUAAAAGUUAAACGCUGACCAUUCUUUCAUGUUGAAAUACUUUAUUAUUAAAUCCAUUUUUUAUGACUGAUUAUUGAAUGUAGUGUGGAGGGUUAUAGUAUGUGUGUUGUGUGUGUUUGUGUGUAUAUAUCAUUAUUUUCUUUGUUUUAGACAAUUCUGAAUACAGGAUUGUGUGUAGUUGUCUACUUUCAUUUGUCUUCAUAAUCAUUUUGCAGUAAUCAUUUCUAUUUAACCUUGGUUUUGUGCUGUAUUCAGGAAGGUUAGAUAAAAAAGAGCACAUUUCAUUUUACUUUAGAAGUUUUGUACAGGAAAAUGUAUCAUGAAAAAUGGAUUUUAAAUAUAUAUAUGGUCCCAAUCAACAAUCCCAUUUUAUACAGAGUGUUUUAAAAAAUGUAUUUUAACCCUCCCGGUGAUUUAAUGUUCAGUAAAUCCAAGAAAUGCAGUUAAGGUUUGGUGCAUUCUCAUUCUACAUUAAAUAAUGUUUCGCUAUUUUGCACGCAAUUGUGCAGCUUUUAUUUUCUUAUCUGUUCUUUAUUUUAGAAGUUGCAAUACAUUGUACACUAGAUGACAAUAUACGUUAUGUUCUAAUACAUCCCUGCAGUAUUCCAUCUAUUGUGUCCUUAAAACACAGCACCCCCGUGUUUCAGCCUUUGGAAAGAUCUUUAGCAAGCAAGAUAUAGGUCAAUGCACGAGUGUGUUGUAUUUAAUGGACCCAAGUGAGAGCUAACAGAGGGAACCGGCAAAGCAUGCUGACUCGCACAAUAGUUUAUGAUUUAGAAAAAUACAUUUGAAAUGUAUGUUCCCAUAUGCUUGACACCUUACGGCUAAUUACUUGUGCCACUGGUCUACAUAAUUUCAUUUUCCAGUCUUUGAAGUAUACAAUCUAAAAAUCUGAAUAUGUGGAAGGUGUCAAAUCCUACAGAAACAGAAUUUCUAGCACUGACAAGGUAGCACACAGAGUAUGCAAUUUUGGCAUUUAUAAAAAUAAACAAAAUCUGCCUCUGUGUAUACACUCAGAGAUUAACCAAGCACAUACAGGUCUUAAGGCACACUCCACUGCCCAGGUACAUAAAUAAAAAAUACUGUUUAGGAGAUAUACCCCAAAACAUGCAUGUACUUAAUUAUGCAUAAUUCUCUGAUGCUAUUUAUAAAAACAGCUUGCAUUUCUCUUGUCUUUGCAAGACUUCCCCUUCUAACCCAGCCCAGACUUUCUGUGGCUGUCCAAUCACAGACUUACUAAUGCAUCUUAAUGAGAAGUCUUUGCAGGGCAGGUUCUCUCGGUAAUUGCUGCCUCUUUACUUUAGACCCACUGGGCUAAACAAACCAGGAAGUAACCAAACAGGUUGUCCAUUUGACAACCUGAGGGAACUAACCAGGUUAAUUUGAGAGGGAAAAAAUCUGCACUUUUGCUUAAAAAAAAAAAAAAAAAAAAGUAUAAAAAUUCAUUUUUCACACAUCGUACACUUCAGCAAGCUUCAGGAAUCCGGAUUGUCUCUUUAAGUGGAUUGGUACCUCACUGUGCUAUUUUAUUCACAUCAAAAAUAUCUUAAAGUAGAGGUCUAUGUGAGGGACCAAAACAUUAAUAUUUUUUUAUUGUGAAGAAAAUUGAGGUGCUCAUUAAUUUCAAUCCUGUGAUGCUUGGUUUAUCUUAGGCUAGCUAUCUGUUUGUCAUUAUGAUUGAACAUAUUUUUAGUCAUUAACAAAGUAAUUUGUAUAUUUUUGUAUUGAAGAGUUAGGCAAACAUUUGUUCCUAAAAUCACAGAUCCACAGAAAUAUUUCUUUAUGAUGGCAUAUCUAGCAUCUAUUCUGACAUCCAAACCUAUUUUGUUGUUUUGUUUUACCUCUGAUAUAUUAAAAAUCAAAGUUUAAAACUGUAGCAGAAUUGCAUGAACGUAUUCAUGGACACAUCAGACAGUUGGACUAAUUUUGUAUCCAGUAGACUAAUAUAGUUAAUUCCCCAUUGUGUGUCAUGUUGUUGCCUUUUACAUGGUGCACCUCUUCACAAAACCGCUAAAGACGUCACUGAAAUGGCAGUGAUUUUAAACUGUGAGGGCAGUGACGAAGUUAUUAGUUUUCCACAGAAACAAUUCAGUGAAUAUACUUUUGACCUAGUAUGGAUCUGUGAUUCCGCUCAGUUUAAUUUGUCAUAGUUCUAACUUUAGCUGUAACGGGUUGAAGUCAAAGCUUAUUAAACUAAAGAUCAGGCCACAGCUAAGCAGAACCUACUUGUUAAAGUCUGUUUGAGAGCGUGUUGAAAGCUGAGUUAAUGUUGCAUUGCUCUAAUCCCAGCUUUAGAAAAAGCCUUAAAGGACCACUAUAGUGCCAGUAAAACAAACUUUUUCCUGGCACUAUAGUGCCCUGAGGGUGUCCCCACCCUCAUGGCUCCCCUCCCGCUGUUCUGAAUUUGGAGGAAGGUGUAAAACACUUACUUUUCUCCAGCGCUGGGCUCCCUCUGCGCUGGGGACUCUCCUCCUCCUUUGGACGUCAUCAGCUGAAUGCGCAUGCGCGGCAAGAGCCGUGCGCAUUCUGUCAGUCCAUAGGAAAGCAUUCUCAAUGCUUUUUCCUAUGGAAGUUGGCGCGGACACCUCUAGCGGCUGUCAAUGAGACAGCCACUAGAGGCUGGAUUAACCCAUAUGUAAACAUAGCAGAUUCUCUGAAACUGCUAUUUUUACAGAGGGACCUGGCACCAAGACCACUUCAUUGAGCUGAAGUGGUCUGGGUGCCUGUAGUGGUCCUUCAAUAACUCAAGAGGUUAUGCAUUUACACCAACAAUCCACAGUUCUAUUUAGUUGGACUUCCAUAAUGAUCUUUGUUUUUAAAUGUGCAAUGGCCCAAGCAAAUACUGAGGUGUCCUUUCCCUCAUGCUCUCCAAGACGUAAGCACUGUAUAGGAACAAGAUCAUGUAUAAUUUAUUAAUCAGUAUUUGUAUUGUGACUAUCAAACCAAACCACAGUAACCACAAUCAUCUUAUAGAUGCCCUGUUCCCUUUAGCAUGCUGGUAUGAAGAAUUUAAUAUGACGAGGUGCUGGACAUAGAAUGGUGCUCCUUCCUUGGCUUGCAUUAUUUUUGCAGGCUUCUCUGGUUGUAAAGGUGAAAAUUAUAAGCUAGAUCCUGGUCGAUGUGGUUUGGAUUUUCUGGCAUUAAAUCCUUCCUCUUGGGACCAGUGUAUUUUUGUAAUUUCUGUUUGGAGCAGAAGACAUCUAGACAUUAUCGGUGCAUGUUGGACAUGUUUAUAAUUGUCUUACUGGAGCCUGGUAAAUGCUGUUCACUGUUGUUGAAAUGUGAAUUUUAGUUGCUGUUGACAAUGUAAAUACCUAUCAGAGUAAACAUAUUUUAAUUCAUUGUAAAUAGAGAUGUACAAACUUCUGAUUUAUUCAGAAUAUCUAUACGAUGUUAAAUAAAUAUUGUACUGUUUCUGGCUGCAAAUGUCUGCUUUAUGAGUCUUUCCUUAACUUUUUUUUAUUUUUUAUUACUUUUACCUGAUUUCCAUGAGCCAUAGUGACCCUUAUAUUUUUGUGCCAAAAGCAUUACAGAACACAAACCAUGUUAAAUCUUUUACAGAUUCCUCUUUCUAAGGCUCAG